CCUCUGAUAUUAUCUUCCGACCUCUCUAAAAUGAGCUGACAGAUGUUAUGAAAUGACAGUGAGGCCACAGGUCAGGACAUAUGUUCUUUAUUAUCCUGUGGACUGGGUUUUUCGGUAUGUCUUGGAGUGAAGCAGAGUAGAGUCACGAUGCACUCGCAGAUUUUAUGUCGCGGCUCGGCGUCGGCCGUCGCUGCGAGGAGAGUGCGGAAUAUUCUGGGUGCAGUUCUGGGCUUUAAAAAGAGACAAAUAUGGCUGGAUAUGGAGAACACAUGAGAUCAAACUGCUCAACACAUCCUCAGGUAAACACACAUUUACCUUUUUAUACUGCGCGAUUUUAACCGAAGCGAUGCAGUUCGACUGAAGCGGUCAGUUAUUUGGUAACUCACAGCAACGGUCACAUUCAUAACUGUAUGUAUGCGGCAAUAACGACCUGCUGGUUGCUAGGUUACAAACAAUUAAGAUAUUGUAGACUAAGCAUUAUAAUGACUUUACCGAAUUAAUAUAAUUGCACAUUUUGGCUGAAUUAGCAUUUACUGUGUAUUUAAUACGCUGCAGGAACACAGAAACACUCCUUACUAGGUCAAAGGUCAGUCAGCCACGUACAACAACGUUACCGAAGUUAGUCUCAGGUUGGGUUUUAAACUUAUCCAAACACAUGAAGCCAGUAUGUACUAAACGCUCUGUUCUUUCAGUAUGAAACACAGUAAGAUUCAUACAGUUGAAACCAGAAGUUUAUAUACACUGUAUAAAAAGGCACAUAACCUUUUUUUUUCUCAUCGUCUAACAUUACAUCAGAAUAAACUUUUACUAUUUUUGGUCAAUAAAGUUUAUCAAAAUUAUUUUUAUUUGCUAAAUGCCAGAAUAAUGAGAGAGAGAAUUUUUUAGACAACUUCUUAUUACUUUCUUGAGAGUCAAAAAUUUAUAUACACUAAGUUGACUAUACCUUUUAUCAAUUUGGGGAAAGUCCAGAUGAUGAUAUCGUGUCUUUGGAAGCCUCUGAUAGAUUUAUUGACAACAUUUGAGUUAAUAAGAGGCACACUUGUGGAUGUAUUUUAGGGCACACCUGAAACACACUGCUUCUUUGUGUAACAUCAUGGGAAAAAUCAAAAGAAAUCUGCCAACAUAUCAGGAGAAGAACUGUGGACCUACACAAGUCUGUUUCCAGAUGCCUGAAGGUGCCACUUUCGUCCGUUCAAACAAGUGUACGCAAGUAUAGAUGCUAUGGGAAUGUCCAGACAUCAUACCGCUCAGGGAGGAGAUGGGUUCUGUGUCCCAGAGAUGUGCUUUGGUCCGAAAUGUGACUAUCAAUCCAAGAACAACAGCAAAAGCCCUUGUGAAGAUGCUGGCUGAAGCUGGUAAGAGUGUGUCAUUAUCAACAGUGAAACAAGUCCUGUACCAACAUGGGCUGAAAGGCCACUCUCCAGGAAGAAGCCAUGACUUCAAAAGAAACCUAAAAAGCCAGAUUAUAGUUUACAAAUGCACACAGAGACAAAGACCUUAAUUUUUGAAGACAAGUCCUGUGGUCUGAUGAAAUGAAUGACCAUUGUUAAGCCUGAAAACACCAUCCCAACUGUGAAAUAUGAGGGUGGCAGCAUCAUAUUGUGGCGUUUUUUUGCAGCAGGAGGUACUGGUAUGCUUCAUAAAUAGAUGGCAUCAUGAGGAAAGAACACUAUGUGGAAAUACUGAAGCAACAUCUCAAGCUUGGGCGCAAAUGGGUUUUUCCAAAUGGAUAGUGAUCCUAAGCAUACUGCCAAACUGGUUACAAAGUGGCGUAAGGAUAACAAAGUCAAUGUUUUGGAGUGGCCAUCACAAAGCCCUGAUCUCAAUCCUAUUGAAAGUUUAUGGGCAGAACUGAUAGUGGCCUACAAACUUGGCUCAGGUACACCAGUUCUGUCAGGAGAAAUGGUCCAAAAUUCCUGCAAACUAUUGUGAGAAGCUUGUGGAAGCAUAUCCAAAGCAUUUGACCCAAUCAUACAAUUAAAAGGCAGCUACCAAAUACUAAUGAAAUGUAUGUAAACUUUUGACUCUCGAGAAAAUAAUGAAAAAUUGUCUAAAAAAUUCUCUCUCUCAUUAUUUUGGCAUUUAGUAAAUACAAAUAAUUUUGGUAAUCCUAAUUGACCAAAAACAGGAAAAGUUUAAUCUGAUUUAAUGUUAGACAGUGAGGAAAAAAAGGUUGUGUGCAUUUUCAUAGAGUGUAAACUUCUGGUUUCAACUGUAUUUCUUCCUAUUUAUAUAUACGAAAAAAGCAAGACCAUUUAAGAUGAUUCAUUGGAUUGAUACUGACGGUUCUGAUGUCCAAACUGGUUCGAGGGGAUAGAUCUCAGUCUUGCAGCUGAGGAAAAACCUCUAUAUUAAUUCCUUAAUGUUAAAUGUUGACAAAAAAUUGACAUAUUUAAAAGUUAAAAUCGCAAGGAUGAGAUCUUUUGGUCAGCCUAAGCAUGUGGAGGAAAAGAUAAACAAAGACAGCUUCAUCCACAGUAACUAUAACAAACCAAAAGUUUCUCAUUGGACCUUUAAAGUUAGUUGAUUGAAGAUUCAAAGUCGGGUCAGUCAGUAGAUCAUGUCAAUUCAAAAGUAGAUCAAUAUUACUUAUAAUUAUUUUCAAAACAGAGCAAGUAUACAGCCAAUGCUGUUCCUGUUGGGUUAAAAAGCUGGUGCAAUUUCAAAAGUUCCCCUCCAGGCUUUUUUUUACUGCUGACCUUUUGACUGUUAAAGAAGCAGGACAUGCAAAUGAAGUUCCUUUUCCUACCUAGUAGUUUGGCAGAUUGGUAGACUCAUAAACUUUUAAAGGAGUAGUUAGGUUGGUCAAAUAACCUUAAGGGUUUUCCACAUUUCCACUGAAUAGAAAGAGUGGCUGUUAAUCUCUGUGAUUCUAAAGAAAUGUCCCUAAAAAGCAUAAACCACCAAGUACUGGUAAUGCUCACUAAUGUUUGUAUUUACACAAUAAUGCUCUUUCAAAGGUUUUAUCAACAGCUAAAUCAUCAGUGUAUGUGACCUUCUCAUGCACCUGAUUGUUUUAGGUGACACAGUGAAGAUUGGGGAGAUUUCCUACAAACUCAAAACACCCAAGAACCCAGAGCUGGUUCCUGUCAAACACAGUAAGUCAUUUUUUUGUGAACAUGAAAUAUGAUAUGAUAAGAUGAAACAAAAGCAGCCGAAUCCUGAAUUUUCUUUGCUCUGUUAGUUUCAGACUCUCUGCCUCAGACCGUAGCUCAGCACCUGAGAUGGAUCAUGCAGAAAGACCUUUUGGGACAGGACGUGUUCCUCAUUGGUCCUCCAGGCCCCCUGAGACGAUCUAUAGCCAUGCAGUACCUCGUGAGUGCACAGAAACACACAAAAACGUUCACAUUUUUUUGCUUCUUCUACAAACGUUCCUCACAUUUGCCGGUGUGUAAAGCUAAACUUUCCUCUUGUUGUUGAGCAGGAGUUGACCAAACGGGAGGUGGAGUACGUCGCUCUGUCCAGGGACACCACAGAGACCGACCUGAAACAGAGGAGAGAGAUCCGCUCAGGGACGGCCUUCUACAUUGACCAGGUACACUCACACACCUUCAUGAUUAUAGUUGUCCUUGAGUUUAUCAUUCCUCUUACAUGUGCGUUUUAAGAAUUUCUCGCCUUUUCAGAACAGUUGUAGUUUUUAAGGACAGAGCGACAAUCGGGUGCUUCAGCUGAGUUUUAGUGCUGCAUGUGAAAGACAUAAGAGGUCAUUUCCAGAUCCCACAAGCCCUUCAGGUGAUACCAAACCUGUACGGAUCAGAGUCAACAUGAACUCUUCUCACAUCAUUAAUCCUCUUACUCUCUAUACCUCUUUUAGAUUGAUCAAGCUUCACGCAAACAUACACCCCCACACUCUGUUGCAUUUGUAAGUCACGUAACCAUGGCGACCAGCAGUUCCUCAUUACCGGGGCAGGAGUCUCUGAGGAGAACUUUCUGUUCUUCAUUCAUCUCCAUUCAUUUCUCUCUGGUACAGAAAACAAUUACGGAAAAAAAAGAAACGGCAUCAGAGCCAUCAUUAGACCCUGUCAGCGGGCUUCAAGGAGCUGCAGAGACGAGCGAUGAUGAGCCGAGUGAUAAUUAACAUUUACUCACUCACGCCGUUAUACACCGUUAAUUAGCACAGGGCUUCAUCUGUGUUAAAAUAAAUCAGUUACAUAAGAGGUAAAAAAAAAAACAACUCCAUGGAUACAGGCUGAAGUUUGUCAUGUUUUAUUCUCAGAACGUUUUCCUCACAAAGAUCGACUUCAGAUUCAGCGAAACCCACAGAUCAUUAAUUAGAAAGUAAUGUGCUGAAAUGUCAGUCUGGUUUUUAUUUCUGUUGUGUGGUGAUAACCGGAAAAAGGUUAAAAUGAGUAUUUAUGUUUCAAGUCCAAAAAUAGCUCAAAGGAUGCAUCACCGUUAUAAAAAGUGCUCAAUAAGAAAAAAAGUUGGAUUUGUUUGGUAAUUAGAAAUAAAGUUAAAGAAGAUCAUUUAUUUUAGUAAAAACUCUUCCUGUUUAUGUUCAUAAUUCAAUAAUGGCGAUAAUUAAACUCUUGGUUUUGAAGUCUUAGAACAUUUUUGGUGCAGGAAGGAGAGCUAACUCAUGAAGUUUCUUUUUUCUCUCUUGGUAACUCAACAAACUUCAACUCAUUCUCUAAAACAAACAUGGACACUUAAAGCUCAAAUUUAAUUUUUCAAACAUUUUCAAUAAAAAUUAUUUACAAAAAAACUGCAAUAGAAAUAAAACUGGAAAAUUAGAAUAAUGUGGAGUCCCAAAUUGACCUCUGUCUGGUGCCAAAUUUAGGAAAAUUUUAUGUUUGGUUUGGAAAUUUCAGAGGUCCACUUCCCGGCACAAAAGGCAGCUUCAGCUUGUCUCUCUCCUGCUUCUUUACUGUCUGCUCGGCUGACACGCCCGCCAACAUAUUCAAGCACACACACGUACAGGAACGCCUUAUACACCUUUUUAAAAAUAAUAGUAUGACCAAUAAAUUCAUUUGCAUUGCACCUUCAAAAACAAAAGUUUACAAGGAUCUGCGUCACAGCUCAUAUAGUGGUAAAAUUUCUUCAAUCUAACCUGGGGCAAGACCCAGAUAAGCUUUAAAAGUGAUCAGUAAAACCUGGAAUUAAUUAUAAGACACACAAGAAGCCAGAGGAGGGAAGUGGAAAAAGGAGGGUUUAAUGUUUGAUACCAGAGAGGAGGAAGUUACAGUAGUCUAACUUGGAGAAAAUGAGUCCAUGAAAGACUUUUUCCAGGUUUGUUUCUCUGGACACUAGUUACCCUGCUGAAACCGGGUUUACAAAAAGUGCACAGGGCAACAACUAAGCUCUAAUUUAGCUUUGAUUUUGAUAUCAGAGGCUUGAUAUGAAUUUUUGUCCUGAGAGACACUCGGUUAUUAAGAGCACUUUCCACUUCCUGUUUUCUUCCCAUCUUUCUCAAGCAAACGUCAUAAAAAAUCAGAACAUCAUUGAGCACUAAUGUAGAAAUAGUCCAUCACAGACAAAUUAAGUUUGUUAGAAUAAUGAAAGCAAGAAAAAAAAACACACAAAAGAAUCCAAAAAGUUGAUAAAAAAACGAAAACUGAUACAUCAAAGUGUGUGAGAGCAGGAUUGGGAGAAAGUCAUCUCCGGGGGCACUUAAAGACUUGAGCAGAAAAGUCCUGUAUCAGACUUUUUCUUAAUAUAUUCCUGUCUGUCCAGCUACGACACAAGGAUGUCACUGCUCAUCAUGAACAAGGAGAAACUCCCACGAUUAGAGUGUUUCCCAUCAUAACCAUCAUUAUUGUCUCCAGAGUUUUAAUAUUUGAUGGAAAUGUCUUUUAAUUGGACCGUGAAGUGAUCGCACAUUAGUUGUACAAAAUUGAUGAAUAGAUAAAACGUUGUUGUCAGCAUCAUCAGCAUCAAGAGAUUGCUCACUUUUCCACAAACUAAAAAAAAAAACACGGUGGACUUUUGUUCUGUCUGAUGAGACGUGGGCAGAAAGUGUUCCUGUGUGAUUUGGCGUGUGCUGCUGUAUGAGUUGGUGUGUUGGAUAAAACUAGUUCUUGGUUUUUCAGCGUAUUUAUACGUCCCCGUGGGUGUGAUCAGUGUUUAUAAGUACAUGUCACAGUCCUUAUCUGGCUCGUAUUUUUGUGCGGGUUCGGGGAUGUGUGGGCGCAGAUUCACGAGCGUGUCUCUGUGAGAAUAGUUUGCUUUCGUGGGAGGUGUGUGUGUGUGUGUUUGUGUCUUAACUAGAACAUCCAAGUUCUCCUCAGGGCCCUGUGCUGAUUCGCAGCCCUAUAUUCAGGCCCAUCGUGUCAGUUUCUGUGCCCCUCCCUCCUCUUCAGUUUUACCCUCUCCUCGUUCGAUCUGAGCUUCACCAAACAAAUUCUAGGGAAAGAUGGAGUCACAUGGAUGUAACAGCAUGCUUAUUUUGGCUUUGACGUCACCCCAGUCACCUCUCACUUAUCAUCAGCUCUUAUGUAAAUCAGCUAACCUGUUACCCACCCUGCAGAGUAGACUCAGUUAUAGUAAUACAAAGCAUGAGACCUCCAUUUAAGCUCAGCCUCGACUUUGUCAGCUUCUGCUGCUCUCAGGUCCCUAUCUUUACUUGCCGCCUGAAUUUCAACACAUCUGACCUCGAUGCCCUGUGAGGAAACACCUGGACAAGCCUCAGGGGUCAAAGAUCAGCCAGGAAACGCUCCAUAUUCACCUGCCAGGUCCUUCUAGUUAAAGGAAAAGAGGAAGCAGAGUAAAGGGGGUUUAUCAUUCCAUCUACUCCAUUGUGCCGUGACAGAUAAUGAUUUCUUGCUGUUCUUGAAUUUAUACAUCUUUUGAUUCUCUUUUUAUAUAUAUAUUUUUUGGAAUAAAGACAGAAAUAGAUGAUUAAAAGUGAAAAAAAAAAAAACAUCCAUUGCAAAUGCAAAUCCGCAAAAUCUGCAAAGAGCCAGAACUAAUGGUGACCUUUCACACUUCGACCGAGGGCUGGGCAAUAAACCAAAAAUUGACUGAUACCGAAAUUUACGUAAAAAUUUACGUCAAAUUAACAUAAGUCAUUUUGCCCAUGUCAGUAUGUUCGGUGUCAAAAAUAUAAAUCAAUAAAAGUUUGUUUUGGAUGUGUGUAAGUAGGCUAUGGUCUCAUGUCCAUUUAAGACACUGUCUUAAGUCGUCUUACUCCACCCGUCCAGUCCAUAACAAAGAGGGAAAGACAGGUGAGGAGAUGGAGGACGGUUCAAAAGUUGUAGCGGCUGAAGUAGACGAAGUUAAUGUGGGAGGGGUUGAGCAGCUUGUGGAGUAGUUAUCGUCCAUUAUUUGUUAUCGAGGUGAACUGCUCAAUAUAUCAUGAUAUUGAUUUGAGGCCAUAUCGUCCAGCUCUAGUCUAAAGUAAUCUAAAAAGAAAAAACUUUCAGCUUUGUAUCUUAGUAUUCUUACUUGUGUUCAGUUUAACGUUUUAUGGUUCGAAACGUUCUUUAAAGCAGACAAAUCCGUGUCCCACCCGCAAACAGUUCAGCCCAAACAAACUCCACUCCUGCAAACGUUGUCAGUUUGAUUAUGCAAGCAAAUCCUAAAGCUGUGCAUUAAGUAAUGAGUCCAUUUGCAGAAGCAUUAAAUUGGACGCACAGAGCGUGGGUAAUGGGACAACAAUGAAACAUUUCAUAUAGGACAAAAAACAAGAAAUGUUCAAAUUAGAUCACAUGGUGGAGUCUCCUGUACAUCCUUUUACACCUCUAACCAUCCACAUCAUGCCUCCUCUUCUUUUCAGUGUCACACUCAUUCCACCCUGUUAGCCUAAUGUUUGCUAAAAGCUCCUGAGUGUCCACUCGGAUGUUCUUUCUGAGGUCCGUCUGUGCGUCCCUGUCUCCCUCACCAUCCUGCGUCACUUACAUUUCUACCAAUUAUCUGAUUACAGCGUUUGUGCCGAAAAUGGAUCCAGAGUUAAAUAUAGAGCAUCUGGUCCUCACUAUAGUUUUAUGGCUCUGCUUCCCACACAGCCUGCCUCCUAUUUACAUGCUCACCUAAUUAUAUGGCCACUUGCUCUGCGGUGCGACCAGACAGCUAAAGUUUCCUGCCUCUUGACGUCAGAUGUGCUUUUUGAGUCCUGCAGAAAUGCGCGUCCUGCAUAAACACAUGCUGUUCGGGCUAAACCCAGCGGAGCUAAGUUUUCUUCUUUUUUUUUUUUCCCCACAUUUGAUGGUAGAAAAUAGGCCUUCUUAAAACAGCUGAGACUGUUUGAAGCCUGGUUUGGAAAGUUUGGAGGAUCUUCUGACCACAAUAAGCUGAGGACAUCUUCAGGAAAGGCUUUACUGCGUGCGAGCUCAUUUUCCACUAAAGCAUGUGGGAGUAAGAGCUGAUGCACAGGCUGAUUGCUCUUUCUAUAAAUGCUUUUCACACUGUUUCCAUUUACAAAGGGUCAAGGGUCAUGUUAGAUGAUGGAGCUGCAGGUCUGAGCGGAGGUUGAAGUGAUUGCUCUCACCAACACCUCCCUCUCGCAUCCCUAAUGAAGCUUUUAAGUGUUGAUUGAAUUCAGUCAUCAGUCGUCCACCUUAUCUGUGUUUGUCCUCAGUGCGCCGUACGCGCAGCAACGCAAGGUCGAGUCCUGGUCCUGGAGGGGCUGGAGAAGGCCGAGAGGAACGUCCUGCCUGUCCUCAACAACCUGCUGGAGAACAGGGAGAUGCAGCUGGAGGACGGACGCUUCCUGAUGUCGGCUGAGAGAUACGAUAAGCUGCUGCAGGUCAGAGCGGCACAGUCACUCACAACAGAUGAAAACAAAACACAAAGUCAUGCAGGCCUUGAAAUUAAAUCUUGUGUUCCCAACCUGGGUCGUAUUUGUUUACCUUGAUGCGUUGCAGGAUCACACCAAAGAGGAGCUGGACGCCUGGAAGAUCGUCCGUGUGAGUGAGGACUUUAGGGUCAUCGCUCUCGGUCUUCCCGUUCCCAAAUACAAAGGCAACCCGCUGGAUCCUCCUCUGCGCUCUCGCUUCCAGGCCAGAGACAUCUACUACCUGCCAUUCAAGGUCAGUCCUGGAAUAAACAGAUUAUCUACAGGGCAAAAAAGUAAAGUAAAUUGUAAGGAGCGCACAAAGAACUUUAGGGGCACAAUAAAAAUUUAUCAAAUAGUGUGUGUCUUAUUGGUCGACACUACUAUUCGAAAUCAAUUCUAGGUCCUUUGGUCACAUGACAUGGAAGCUAUUGAAGGAAAACAGCCUUUUUUUGAGAACAUCAACAGGUAAUUUAUUAAUGGACCCUUAUUCAACACCCGACGUUGACAGUGAGGGUGCUGAGUAGAUUUAACUGCUGUUGCUAUUCCCGGUUAUAGAGAGUGAGAAGACAGCGGUAGAUCCGCAAAUAUCCAACCUAAAACUAACUUCAUCACGGUAUUUACAUGGAAAAACAUUUGUUGCCUCGGCUGAUUUUUUUUUUAUGCGCACGUGUCCCUAAAUACAUUUUACAAUUCGCACACAUCUAAUUUUAGUUGCAAAUGUGAGUGAAACGGUCGCACUGUCGAGCCGUGAUCUAACACCUAUCCUGCAACCAAAGUCACAGGAGGUGUGUUUUUUGCUUGUCACUAGGGGUAAUGUGUGUGUGAUUGGAGUUGUGUGUGUGUGUGGGUGGAGUUUUGUGUGUCACUGGGGCUGACUGAUUGUCAAAUGGAUGUCACCUGUGCUUGCCUGUGAAUUGUUUGCUUGGUUCAGAGAGGGUGGAGGCAGGGUGCUCCUAUUUCUGUUGACCGCUCAAGCCUUUUUCCUUCAGAUAAUCAAAACCUACAUCAAAUGCAUCGUUCAAAGUUUGAUUGAUUGAAAGUGAAAAUAAAUAUCUUAGAUCUGCAGUCAAAUCUUCAUGCUUCCUUUUUUUAUUUCAGUGUGUCAAACAGAUCCCUGUAUUCCCCUCUCAGUGACUAAUUUAGUUUUGACAGUCACAUUAUGAUAUUCUACCUGAGUCGAAGUGCAGCUACUGUAAGAAAAAGAGUUGGGAGCACUGAGUAUUUACUUGAUCCUGUUUCUGUUUUUUUCUCCAGGACCAGUUGGAGCUGUUGUACACAGCAGGACCAAACAUCGCUGCAGAAAGGUGAAUGUUAAGACUUUUCUCUUCUAUAUACAUGCAUACAAAUGGAGUAUAUACUCCAUGUGUGAUACUCUGUUGGGUCCUUUAUGUCAGGGUGUCCCAGCUGCUGUCCCUCGCCACCACUCUUUGCUCCCAGGAGUCGUCCAGCCUCGGUCUGCCCGACUUCCCUGUAGACAACCUGAUCCCUGCCCUCCAUGUGCUGGUGAGGCUCCAGUACAGCCCGGGUUUAAAAUAAAAAACCUCUCCAUGUGUUUUAGUAUUUAAUGUCGAUCUUUAUGUGUUGUUGCAGAACUCUUUCCCCAUGCUGUCCUCCCAGCAGCUGGUCCAGAGACUUUACCCCUAUAACAGCAUCCUGGGAAAAGAGGGGCGCACCGCUGUGGAGGGUGUCCUCAGUGUAAGGAGUGGAAAAAAGGAACAUAAGACGUGAUAAAUUAUUCAGAUAUUUUCAUUUUGUCCUGAAUUUAUUCUCCGUCUCUCUCUGUCAGAGAUUUGAGCUUUUGGACGGCCGCCGUCAACCAGCGCCCAGCGCCAUUUCGAACGUAUCCAAGACAUCAGACCUGGAGGGCCAUGCAGAUGUCACUUUACGUAUCGCUGAGAAGGAUGUCACCUUUCAGGUAAAAAGACACUGAUAACACACCUAAAACUGGACUUAUGCAGCACAGAAGGUGGUGUGUCCCAACAGUUUUUUGAAGUUUCUGAUAUCAGCUAGAGGGACGUGUCAGAGAGGCAGAAAUGGAUUCGAGGAAGCCAACACAUCUCAACAUGCUGGCUGAUUUACUUUUACAUACUCAUGUUCACAUUCUUUGUUUACCUGCUUUAUCUGGUCAACGAAUUCUGCAAGAAAUGUCUAAAUGUGACUCAAACUGUUUACUGGAGUGUUUUUGUAACUGCAAAACUGAUAAAAAACAAGAAAUUAAACCAGUUACAGAGAAGGGAUUAUAAAACCUGUGUGGUAAAAUUGUUUUUAUACAUUAUCAGACGUUUUCAUUCAUCUUUUUGUAUAAUCAUGACCUCAAAAUUUAAUCAGUUCUGACCGGGAAAUAUGUUUCUAGAAAAACUGUGUAAGUAAGUCUCUAAUUUCACAGCCAUGUCUCAUAAACGGCCUCAUAGACUCACACACACACAGAGGCUUUUGCUGUAUCAUAAGCUCGGCCAUCUUAUCUCAGACUGAUACUCUAUGUUCGGUUCUGAGGAACAACUUAAUCAGUCUGUAGUUCUUCACUUCGGGUGAAAAACUCGGAGUGUUUGUGAAUGAGUCACUGUGUGGGGUUUGGAAGAACAGAGAGCUCCGUCUUCUAAGAAUAGAGCCGCUGAUUUUCAAGCCAAACAGAUGAUAUCACUCCGAUGAACUCCUCUGAAGUUGUGUUUUCUUUAUGCGUGGUACUAUUUCUCCUGGCUCUGAAUAGUGAAAGCUAAAUGACCCGGGGAUACAUCUUGAUGGUCGUUCAUCGUUUUCCUCUCUUGGUCAAACUCCAGGUUCCCGCAGGCACAAAGGAGCCGCGCCCGCCCAACAGCAGCCCGACCUUCAUCAGCACCCCGAGUCACGCUCAGCUGCUGGCUGAGAUGAUGCAGUCACACAUGGCUAAAGACAUCUGUGUGAUCGGAGCCAAGGUAGCCAACACCCAACGUUAACACGUACAGUACUACUGACUGAUUUGAGCUGCUAAUAAAAACGAUGUCGUAUUUUUCAGGGCUGUGGGAAGUCGGUGAUCGCAAAAGAGUUUGCAGAGAUGUUGGGUUACAGCAUCGAGCCGGUCAUGCUCUACCAGGUAAAUUCAAAACACGCGUUUGUUUUCAGCUCCCAGUCUAUAGCAAUCUGUGUAUCAUUUGUUGAUUCGUUUUUCAAAAUAAAACUAAAAAUGAGAAAACGAGAAAACAUAUUGUUUUCUAAAUAUUUGUCUCUGAAACAAAAAUGAUAAAACGGAUAACACCUCAUUUUCCGAUAUCCUUUUCUCAACUCAAAUGAAAAUGGGAUAAAUGGAUGACAACAGUUUUAUCUGAUUUAGACUUUUUCAUCUGUAAAAUGUAUCGUGACGUGGAAGUGAACCUUUGGUUUCAUGGCUGGACCUGAGAAUUAGUCAGAGCUCAUACGGCACUUUUUUCAGGAUGGCAGAACUCAUGCAGAGAUUUCCACUGUGCUGCAGGAGUGCCAAGGUGCUCUGAAAUGUCCGUCAGAAAGUUCUGUGCCACAGACGAAAAAGUCUAAAUCAGAUAAAACUGUCAUUAUCCAUCGGAGAUCGGAAAAUGAGCCGUCAUUUUUUUUUUCCUUUUCAUUUUAGAGACAAAUAUUUGGAAGAAAUCGUUGUUUCAUUUUUUGGUUUUAUUUUGAAAAUUGAAUGAACGAAUGAUACACGGAUUUAAAGCCAUCUUCAUAUUUCAGUGAGGCAAUGAGAAAUCACACUCUGCAGGAGUUACAACAGCAUGGCUCAGUAGUGGAAGAGUUCUGCUGUUAAACUGGCCUGUAUGCAGUCCUGACUUGUCAUCCAUUGAAAACAUUUGGAGCAUCAUGGCAACCAAAAAAGGACUAAGGAGACCCUGAACUGUUGAGCAAUGAAAUCCUCUAUGGGACAACAUUUCACUUUCCAAACUCCAGUAACUGAUCGGCUGUAAAUCGAACCUCAUAUUUUUUUUCGUCAAUGAAGUUCCAACUCUUUGGAGUUUGAGUUAUAAGAUAUUAAGUUGGAUAAAUUUGAGUGAGCUAAUGUUGAACUAUGACGGCCUUUGUUAGUCAAGUGUGAGUCCAGAAACUGACACUGAAUAAAAACAACAAAAGGCUGCCACUAUGUAUUUGUGUAAAUGUUAAGCUUUGUGUGUAUUUGUGUGGGAUUCUUCUGCACACAGUCUGUUGGGUGAUGAUGGUGCAGGAAACGGGUGUAUUGAUGCAUCACCCUGCGGCUAUUUUUAGCUCACAGAGGUCGGGGGGUGACUUGUGCUGCGGGAAUUGCGGAAUCCUUUUCCGAACAAUUCAUCUUGUCAGCUCUGAAAAUCCCAUUUUUGGAAAACAAUGUGACAUGUAAGGCUGGAUUGGAAUAUAAAUAAGUUAUUUGUUGGCGUGUGUGUUCCUCCAGCUCAAACACUUGACCUCUUGAGCCCAUAGAAAUAAACAAUAAUCACCAAAAAAGGGCAGUUUUUUUUUUAGCAUGGUUUUCUCUUUGCAGCUUUAACACCAGCGGCUUAAGAGGAAAAAAUACAUAUAUCACUACUUCUGUCAACUAUAGUAAAAAGAACAUUACACAAUAUUUAUAAAGGAACAGAAAUGAAAACAGAAAGGGCUAUCAGUGUUUUUUCUGCCACAUGCAUAAAAAAGACGUAUUUACUAGGGCUGUGAUCAACCCAAGACAAUCUUUGUCGACUAAAACGGGGUCAACUAACCUGAACCCUAACCCUGAAAACACCCCCAUUAGCACUUGGUACAUCCCUCCUGAUUAAAUUAACCAUAUACUGUAAAUCAACACGGAAAAUAAUUGAGUCCUCUAAUCAGAAUUUUGGUCGACUCAGCACGUAUCGACCAAUAAGUCGACCAGUCGACUAUUUUCAGGCGUAGUAUUUUCAUUAAGAGCCACAACUACCUGCAUCCCCAAACUUGCACAGCCUAAGUUCAUUGUAACGGAUCUAUUUGCAAUGUUAAAUAUGGGGUAUGUUGUUGAAAUUGUGUACACCUAUUGCAUCAGUCUUAAUCUUAAUUUAUUUAGCACCCUCUGUUUAGCCUGGGUUUAAAAAGUUCCUUUUAGAUGUGUUUUAAGUUCUUAUUCCCUCCAGCAGUUGCUGUUAUUUUAUUGCUCUUUAUCAAGCUAGAGCUCACAGCUAUGUAAAAUCCUCAAACACUCAUGUAAAGGGCAUGCACAAAAAAAAUGCAGCAAGAAGGUAUUAGGCAGAUAGUGUCAUUUUCUUUGAUGAUAAAUUGCACAACGUCCAACAUCAUCUGAACCACAUCCUGAGCCACCUCUUCUUUCAUCCAUCCCUUCACCUCCACUGAUUGCCUCGCUUCUUCUCUGUUUUCUCCCCAGGACAUGACAGCGAGGGACCUCCUGCAGCAGAGAUACACGCUCCCCAACGGGGACACAGCGUGGAGGCCGUCUCCACUAGUCACGGCCGCCAUCGAGGGAAAGCUGCUGCUCCUUGACGGGAUCCACAGAGUCAACCUGGGGACGCUGGCUGUGCUGUCAAGGUGAUGUUUUAAUAUUCCACAUGCAGUGUUGUAAAUGACAUAAACACCUUUAAGCUCAUUCUGAGUUUUUUUUUUCCUUCUCAGGUUGCUUCAUGACAGGGAGUUAGAUCUGUACGACGGCACCAGGCUGCUGAGGUGGGACCGGUACCAGACACUAAAGGAGCAACUGCAGUUCACUGACGAGCAGCUGAAAGAAAGGUACACACGGGUCAGCACGCAGAGGUUUACUGGGAAAGAUCAGAAGUGUUUCCGCAGAAUUUCUGAGCAAAGGUUUGUGUCAAAUGUGGAGACAGAUGUGAUGUUAGUCACAGCGUUAAAAAAACAAUGAUUUCGCGUGAGAGACACAAACAGGAAGAACACUCAUUGCGCAAGAAAAUAGAAUUAAAAUAGCCGAGACAUGGGAAGAAAAGGACUUUUAAGACUUUCAAUCUGGUGCAUUUUAAGGCCUGAGUGCCUCACCCUUACAGAGGAGUGGGUGGUCGUGACUUCACAAAGUACUUUGAUUAAAACAGAAUACACGUUUGUUGCCAUGUGCACAGGUACAGACAGUGCAGAUGCACAUUUGCAGUUUGUGUGAGUUUCACAUGAAGUUAAAUUUAAGAAAUAAAAGAUAUCAGGUUUUCCUUUCCAUCACUUUGGCAUCUGAGAUUCAUUUAAUGUUCUUUUGCUAUGAAUCAGGUCAGUAACACAGCUGUGCAGUUAAAGAAGAUGGAUAAUAAAACAAAAAAUGUUGUUUAUCCAUUACUGCAGAUUAGAUCAUUACUGUUCUCGCUGCACUGUAAGGUGGUUAUCUGACCUUCAGGAAGGUGAGCUGGUGUGUUUUGUCUCGGCCACUAAUCUCACAGUCAGUGUUCAUUAAAAGAGACGGAUAGAUGAGUAAACACGAGCUUGUGAUGAAGAGGAGUAUGAUAAGUAUUUAGUGUUUCUCUCUUCUGGGUCAAUAUUUAUAUCACCCCUCUUUUUUCUGAGCAUGCUGUCAGUGAGGGAAUGAAACCAGGUGUUCAGACUGAAAAUAGCCCAGAGUUAGAGGAACGCUCGUGUCCGCAGACAGAGGGCGAGGAUGGUUUGAAAUGUUCUUAGAAGGUCACUUUCAGUCUGAAGGUUUUUUAGGCUGCUGAACAAUGUGACGCAGCAUUUUACAUUGUUUUCCAGGAUUUAAUAAAGUCGGUGUGGAAGACCGAUGUUGGUCUUGACCUUAACUGCUCCUGGAGUGUGUACGCCUCACAUUCAUGUGCCCGUGUCUUAAAAUCCCACCUAAGCAGGCAGGAAGGAUGUUUGUGGUGGGGCGUCUGGGCGGGAAAAAAACCCACUUCCUCUUCCUUCACUCCUGUGGCUCAGACAAGAUGUGUGUUGUUGGUUUUGCGUGCGUGUGUGGAUGUGUCUACGAGGACUUCAGUCAGCUGUACAGAACAGUUUAGACCUAAAAACAUGUGAUAACAUUGUUGAAUCACAUAAUAAUGAUAAGGAGUGUGAUAAAUUACUGCAACCCUAUUCCUGAAAAAGUGGAUAAAAAGGUUGCCAGGCAACAUACACGUGCAUGUGCAGUACAUGAUAGUAUGUGUGUGGUGCCUCUUCGUCUUCUCCUUACUUGCUGUUUGUGUUUAUUCAAGUUCUUAGUCGACAGGGGACUGUGUUUUGGGGAUUUCUGACCCCCUUCCUGCAGAUGCAUCAACCAAAUCCUGCAGGAGGAGGUCAAAGCGGCGCUCCCAUCGCAAAGUCCCCCUCCUUUAUCUAACAAUUAAAAAAGAGACACACACACACAGCCUCAUUUUCCUAAACCGUCUCAGAUCGUGUCCCCAUUUCCCUGAUAGACGACGUUGUUUCCCAUAGCAACAGAUGGAAACCACAUGCUAAGCUGCGGCGAAAUGGUAACCAUUUACCAAUCACAUUUGGAAUUAGAGGAGGCAGUUGAGUUUAGUGUCACUGAAGUACAAACUGAAUUUACGUGACUGACUAAGGAGACUGAAGAAAGCAAAGCAGGGAGAACAAGAGGAGCUUUGUUUUAAAUGUUUCUGGUCGACGGUCUGGCUUUAUAAGGCAUGUUCUAUCUCAAUAAUAGCAGCAGCCUUUAAUGUCUUUGUAAAUGAAGUGUCUUCCCACACACUCAUGCAGUGAUGAUGAUAAUGAUGGUUAGCGCCUGCUUCCACCCACAUUAGAGUAAAUUUAUCCUGUUGCAGAGUGUGUGUGUGUCUCUGUGGGGUGAUAGAAACGGACUCUGCUGUCCUCUUCAUUUAGUGGAUUACACAACCAGCUGUCAGAAGUCAUGCUCCUGAAGCCGACAUGGACUUGAUCAGACACACACACGCACACAUCCACGUCACCUGCACUCUGCAGCUCCUCUACGUCAGCUGGACGGAUGUUGUAUCUCUCUCUCUGUCAGUGUGUAACCUGUCUUGUGUGUUUGUGUGUUUCAGGUCAAUCUUCCCCAUCCACCCCUCGUUCAGAGUCCUGGCUCUGGCCGAGCCCCCCAUCGUGGGUGCUGGUUCGAGCAGCGGCGGCAGUAAAGGCCAGCAGCAGUGGCUCGGCCCUGAGCUGCUGACCAUGUUCUUGUACCACAACGUCAGCCCGCUCGCCAAGGCUGAGGAGAUGGGCCUCAUACAGGGACUGGUGAGUUAGAGAUACAUAUGAUACUUUGACAGCAAAACUACUAACCUGUUCAGAUUUAAAUGAAGUUUGCAAAGCUUCUAUUUUUACUCCUUUGCAACUAUGGCUGACAAAGACAUGAUAAAUCUGCUUUUUCUUGUACAACAUCAAGCAUACAGAUGACACAGAUAACCAGUGGUAGAUCAUUUAUGUGUAAACGAAACAGAAGAGGUCCUAAUACCGACCCCUGUGGGACACCAACACAACAAUCGGCAAUCCUAAAAAUCUUUGCAGCUCUAGAUGUCGGUCAUUCUGAAUUUCAAGUCUGAUUUUGGUUACUCCUAGCAACAAAUCAAUAGUUGAAUAGAGCAGUCCUUUAUGUCCUAUAUUUGUCGUCCACUUAACUCUUCAUUCGUCCCUUUUUUUCUCAUUUUUCUUUCACUUUUUAGACUCAUAAUGUUCCAACAGAAGCAGCAGAGCAGCUGUUACAUCUCACACACACUCUCCGGAAAACAAAUGACCCCACAGUAAGUGCACGUGUGUGUUUUAAAGUCAGCUCUUUGCUAGAUUUCACACAUUUAUGACUGAACUUUUUCAUUCUUGUAUUUGUGAAUCUCCAGGCACAGUCUCUGGCCUCAUCUCUCUCCACCAGACAGCUGCUGAGGAUCUGUCGCCGUCUCUCCCAGUACCCCGAGGAGAGCAUUGCCCACGCCGUCAAUAAAGCGUGUCUGUCCAGGUACUCAGACUCUGUGUUUCUGUGUUUAUCUAAGCUGUGAAUUGUCUUUUUUUUUACGCUGUAUGAUUGUGUGUUUGUGUGUAUUUCAGGUUCCUGCCCAGCCUAGCUCGUGCCUCUCUUGAAAAAAGCCUGGCUAACUGCUCCAUCCAGGACACUCUAGACCCCAGUGAACACACUCGAGACCUCAGCUGUAAGUCUGAGCCAACAAACCAAGAUAAGAUCUGUUCAUCUACUCACAGCUUUUAAAUACAUUUCAUCGUAGAGGCAGUUUUUCCUGGCUCAGACUGAUGCGGUGAUUAUAGACGCACAUUAGAUCAGUAUCAGAGGGGCAGAAUGAAAACUGUGUUCAGAUAUAAGUCAUAACAUCUCUUACAUUUGAUGCGAUCCAGCGUGCGUUACAUAAAUAAGGUUUGUAUUUAGAUUUAGGGAUGACAGUGUUUUAAAUAUAAAGUAUGCAACCCUGCUUCCAUAAGAGUCAGUUGUCUGUUUUUAUGAACAGAUUUUGUGAGUCCCGUUUUAAUAUCUGGCAUCCAACGUUUUUCAAUUAUCAGUGUAUGUUUAAACGAUGGGAAACCAUCAAAUUCUGGUUUACUCAGAGUUCACUCUUCUUUUACAGCUGUGAUCGUAGGUUUAGAUGUUAAAGAGUCGAGCCAUUAUCCAAAUGUUUAUAACAUUCCAUCAGAUUCCCUGACCUCCUCUCUUUGUUUGUAGGUGCGAUAAAGGAUGGUGUGUUAACCAUUGGUAAAGUGUCGGCUCCAGUCUACACCCCAAAUGAGAAAAUGAAAGUCCCGGACGUUCUCUUCUACGAUAAUCCUCAGGUAAUGGCACCCUCGCUAACAUCUGAAUACACUCACCAAAGACGUGUCUUAUCUUAGACUCUGUGUCUGUGAGUGUACGGCAGUGUUGUGGCACAUCCCAAAAAGACAUUUGCAGGACAUGACCCAGAUAAGAUCACACAAGGGUACAAAUCUGGAUUAGAAACAAUAAAGAAUAAUCCACUGUUUUUAUUUAUUUUCUCUUAAUCUGAAGAAACACUCUUCUUAUUCCUCAACAAACAAUUUUUGGAGCGUAGUUCCUUCAAAUGAGGCCAAAAAGCAACAAUCUCAUCCCGUUAUUAUUAAUAAUAGCUUUUUUUCCUCUCUCUCUCUGGUGUGCUCUGUUAUUGUAUUAUGAGGGUUUCUGGUUCUAAGUACAUUUACCAAUAUUGUUGCUAAUCCUACGGGGACAUUUUCAGAAAUACAGGGAUAAAAUCAGUCCUGAUGUGACCGGUAUCUCUCUAACACACUGUAUCCGAAAGCGGUUGUUGUUAUUGAUGUUUUUUAUUGGAUGAAAAAUCAAAGUGUGUGCAGCAAGAAAACAUAGAUUCUUGAUUGUAUUGAAUGAUGGAGGUCAGUGCGUAGCUGUAAUCUUUAAAACAAAGAGCAAAGGUCACGAGAGAUCAGUACGGCCCAUAUCUUGAAUAUAUACAGUAAAUACAACCUGUUUGUGCAAAAUGUUCAUGAUCAGAUGUUGAAGGUUUGCAACCGUUGUAAUUGAAAAUAGUGCAAAGACAACAUGUUUGUAAAAAGUAGUUUCAGGGUCAUGUUUUACCAUCGUGUUGCAUCAGCUCUUCUUCUACCAACACUUAGUGAACCCAGGAGACAAGUUUCUGGAGUUUGACAGUGACAUGUUUUCCCAUUCUUGCCUGAUGGAGGAUCUAAGCUGCUCAAAAGUUCAGGGUCUCCAAAUGUUUUCAAUGGGCAACUAGUCAAGACUUUCCUAAAGACUGCCAAAUUAAAACUGGUCAAGAAAACUUGUAGUCCUUUUUGGGAUGUAACAUGAUGUUCAGUUUUUCCAUGUGACACAUUAAGAUACCUGUUCCUGUUCCUGUUUCUGCCUGAUCUCCAUUUUAAUGUCAACUGAACCCAAAUGUAGCCAAAGACAGCGUGCUCAGGGAGGAACCAGUGAAGGAAAAUGACACUGACAUCCCCAGGCUGCUUUGAUGAUGCCAUGUGACCCAGAUUUAUGUCUUUUCUCUCUCUGUCCUCAUUCUGCUCUGCUCGAGUCAGAGACCGAAAUGAAAGUGAAACAGGGUGAGAUCGGAUAAGAGCAAGGAGGGUGUCCUACUUUAUGAAUGACCUGUUUUUUGUUGUUAAAAAAAUCCCUGAGAGCAGGGGAAAGAAGAAACCAAACCACUGUACUGUGGCAGUGGUUUGAGGAUGAGUGUUCUGCAACUGAUCGUGAUUGUAAUUACACUGCCCAGUAGACUCAUGCAGGUCCUUAACACAUCCAUAAAUCUUGAGAUAUCUGUUGGUUUCAUGUUUUUCUGCUUGAAUCUCUCCACAGCACAUGAUGGUGAUGGAGGACAUGUUGAAAGACUUUCUCCUCGGAGAGCACCUCCUCUUGGUUGGGAACCAGGUACGUGACAUUAGUAUUGGUACGUGUUUUGACAUGAAAGAGACAAGGUGAAAAGAGCCAGUUUGAAACAAACCUGCACGGGUGAAGGUGAGAUAUUAGAGACUGUCAAAGAAGUCCUACGAGGAGAGACUCAGCGGCUGUACAGGAGAGGGGGGCUCUACAGGAGACCUAGAGAACAGCACCUAAAAGGGACAUCUUUAUGCAGCCAAUACAGCUGAUACCAUUCAAGCUGGACUCGAUUUUACCUACAAUAGAGUCUCAAAAACUGCCUUUUGCAACUGUCCUAGUAGAUGACUUGUAAAACAGGCUAUAAUGGCUGCAACAGAUGGACUAAAAGUUCUUGCUCUUGCCAGAAUGUUAAUUUAAGAGUCUCACAGCCUGGAUCCCCUGAGAAACAGAUCUUUUUGAUACUUAUUUGAGGUCUAACUUAUCUUUUCAAAACUGCGGAAAAUGCUAAUUUCACCAUGAAGAUGCCGCAAUUAGUCGUUUUCUGUAUGGUGUUGAUCAUGAAAUUAGAAAGGUUCCUUGGCGUCUCCAUCCAUAACUUAGUUUUAUAGCAGCUCGUUUGGUUCAAUCUAAAUCAGUCAUGUAGUCAAACCUCAAAGUCACACACUAACACAUACUCCUGUCUGUCAUUAUAGCAGGACUCUGGAGUAAAAUGCUUCAUCCAAGCUGUGAAAAUGUUGUCAGAACCUUACAGAACAAUAGCUGUUUUUAGAAACACAUUUACGACAUGAAGUCUGUCCUGUGGGAUGAGGGGGUAUGGCAGGUUUGAGCCUGACUGUGACGUCCGAUAGGUGCCGCAGCAGCUGUGAUGUUUCACAAUCCUGUCCAAGAUUAAACCCCCCCACCCCUGAGCUUUUUUAAUGCUUGUGUCUCUUCACAGGGCGUAGGCAAGAAUAAAAUAGUGGACCGGUUCCUGCACCUUCUGAACAGGCCCAGAGAAUACCUGCAGCUGCACAGGUGAGGAGGAUAAAGAGUGCAAACCACGUCAACGCUUUUUCUGAUAAAUAAGAGGAGAAAAGUGUAGAAAACUCUCCUGCUGAAAGUUGUUUACAUCAAACUUUUACUGAAAGUUUGUUUUCAUAACUCAAAAGAGUAUCAGUGUUUAUCUGACGACAAAACCAAAGUAUUUAAACAGAUUCGAGUGUUUGCCUCUUUCUAAUCAAGGGAAGAAAAACAACUAAAACAUUCUCUAUCUGUUGAGAUCUUGAUCACUGUAGCUGCUCUCGUACAAGAUGAACUUUCGAACUCUGACCAUCAGCUAAAUUGGGUAAGAAGCUUCAGACAGAGCUGAAAUGUCAAACUUUCUCUGAAUGUCUUCUUCACAAAACUAUAAAAGCUUCUUGUCGAAUUAAAUCUCAGCCAGGCCGCUCAUGUGAACUUGACUUAUUUUUAUGGGAAAAGCUUACAGACCCUUCUUUUCAGUCCCCACAGUUCACAGUCGGGUUCAGCCCUGCGGCGUUUAAAUGCUGCAUCAUGUUACUACUUUUUGUUGCUCCAUAACGAGAUGAUUCGAAUCAUCUGUGGAGAAAUCCCUCAAGUCAACAGCUGUUUAUCUGCCACUUUUGUUUUUUAGCUGCCACCUGCUGCAGAGAGAAACUGUCCUUCACAGUGUUCAUUAUUCAAGGUUUCGGUCAGAAAAUUGGUGAUUGCUAAGGCGUUUAAAGCAAUUUUGAUCAAAAUGCCUAAAAACACAGAAAUAUAGGAAACAUUUCACAUAAAAAAGGGGUGUUCUCAAUGCUCAUCUUCAGCACACAGGAUGUCUUGAGGGGCUGCGAACUGAGCUGCAACCAAUUUUUUUUAAGCCCUUCAGUGUUUUUUAUCAUGGGUCAGUUACCUUUUUACUAAAACAAACAAACAAAGAAACCUGGUAGUUAUAGGAAGAAAACAAACAUAGAUCAGGUAAAGUGAAGUUCCUGUUGUCACACCUUUAAUGACUUUGAAACAGUUAUAACACUAAAAGGAAGCCCUGUUUGAUGUAAAUAUAAAUAUGCUGUUCGUAACUAUGUCUGUUAAAGUUUUCAAUACUUUGAUCCUUUUUGAUUCCAAAUGCUUUAAAAUAUUUCAGUCUGAGUUAUUUUACAUAAGAUAUUAAUGAGAUGUACCAUAGCUCAUGAAGAGGAAAUCUAGCUAGCUAGCUAGCUAGCUAGCUAGCUAGCGAGCGAGAGAGAGAGAGAGAGAGAGAGAGAGAGAGAGAGAGAGAGAGAGAGAGAGAGAGAGAGAGAGAGAGAGAGAGAGAGAGAGAGAGAGAGAGAGAGAGAGAGAGAGAGAGGAGGGCAAUCAUCGCUGAUUAAAAUACAGCCGUAAAUCAGCAGAUAAGACCUUAUUUAUCAGUGUGUCAAAUGUUGGUGUGUGUCCAAUUACUUUUUCAAAUCACUGUUUGCACUGAGAUGAAAAAAAAAAUCAAAGAAACCUGAGUAAGGUUUUCCAGGAGUUACACUUCUGUCGCUGUGUCAUUAGAGAAGCCGUAGGUAUCAUUUGAUUUUCAUUAGUGUUGUGCUUAGAGAUAAAAACCUGGUAGAUGGCACCCUUUUGGUUUUAGGGGCUGAAGCUAGCUUUUUGGAAGGGAGGCUUUGGUUUCCUUAAAUGUUCAUUGUUCUCAAAAUUUCUACAAGAAGUGAGUUAUCCUCAGAGAUUCUCUUCUUCCCUUUAAAAAAGCAAACUUGCUUAUUUGGGGCAGACUGUAGAUAUUAUUAUACAACCUUAUUUUUUAAGAUUAGGAGUCUUUCAGUAUGUUUGUCUGUUUUUCUUGUUUUUUUUGUUUUUGUUUGUUUGAAUUCUUUACCUGGAUUCAGUUAUCCCCAAUGUUGUCGACAGCCCUGUGAUAGAGCUGGGCCAUCUUCACGUACUUUCACGCAGACCCCUUCAUAGAUUUUAAACAGUCUUAACACUGAAAAUCAAAACUAUUUCAUGCAAAGGGUAGUGGUGUCCCUUACGCCCCUCUCCUGCUGACAAAAGGAUGUUUAGGGAGGCUGCAAACCUAAACUUUAAUGUGAGUAUUCCUCCCGUGUCUUGCCUCCUUUCUAAAAUGAACCUUUUAAUUAUGGGUGGGAUAAAACAGUGAAUAAAUGAUCUUCAUGUUCGUGAUCUGUGUCGUGUUCAGCCCUCGAUAUCCCUUUCUAAAUCAGUCCCCUUUAUUGUGAUUCAGAUGCUUUUCAGGAGGAAUGACCAUCAUUUCUCUUUAAUUUUCUGGUAGCAGAAGCUGCUAUUUUCUCCCGUUUGCCUUCCAGCUUUAGUGUCCCCGUCGAAGGUUGUCAGAGACUAUUUCUGCUCUCAGUAAAUCAGGCCAUCCUACACAGAACAAGGUCUUCACGUGCUCGCGUUAAAGAGGAACCAUUUGAAGAAGUCCUUGUUAGCUCCAGUUCAACGCUCCUAUAAAUACUCAGCCGAUUACACCUCAGGAGAAAUGAGGGCAGAGCAGCUCAUACAUAAAUCAAAGUGCUGUGAAAUCGGUCUGAGUGUUGGAUGAAUCUCCGAUCAAUCAGAGGAACUGACGAGUCUCCUAUUGAGCUCAGCUCCAUGAAAAUGUCAGGAGGUCAAGGGUCAGUUGCUGUGACAGGAGAGCCAACAAACGGACAUUAUAGAUAAUUGCUUUUACAAACAUUCACGUACAUUUUUACUCUCCAUCUGCGUCUGAGAGCAGGUUUUCAAAGUCUACCGAAAGUCAAAGCGGAGCAGAGCCCAACACGUGUCCCGGUUAGCUUCUGCAGCCGCUAAUAUUAGAGCUGGCCAGAAGAAAAUCUGUGCGUAUGGCUUUUGGGAGUGACUGAGAGCCUACAGAGAUGUGGCUCAGAAAAGAAAAAGAUGCAGCCGGCCAAGAAGGAAAGUGGGACAGCUCCUGGGUCACACUGAGAUACUGAGGAGACGGGGAUUAAGAGGAGAUGUUCAGAGAAAGGAAGAAGGGGAUAUUUUGGACACCUUCUGGGGAUCAAUGUUUCUGUGGCGAUGCUUGUACGUCAUGUUUGCUGCUCACCUCCAGGCGGUUUCCACUGGCCUGCAUUUAUAGGAUUGAACGGUGUUUGAGGAAAGAUCCUGGCAUGCAUGGAAACCAGGAAUGCAAAUAGACAUAUAAGAUCCUUUCAAAGGUCAAGGCAGAAUGGUUUGGUGAUUAAAGUCAAAUUUAUUUAAACGGCACUUUUAAAACAGCUGAUUCUUUACAUCCUUGACCUGACAACACUGUUUGAUUGUUUUUGUCCAGAUGUCUAACCCUGUUUUCUCCUCCUAUAGGGACACUACGGUCCAGACUCUGACUCUGCAGCCUUCAGUCAGAGACGGCAUCAUCAUGUACGAGGACUCACCUCUGGUUAGUAACCGACACAAACAGACAUCCAUCAAUUUUACAUCAAUUUCAACUGAAAUACAACUCAUAAAGAAAGAUCAUCAACUUCGUAAAGAGCCACGUGGGAAAGUCACAUGGGUUUGUGGGCCAGAAAGAAAUACUUAGUAAACAAAUUCCUACGAAGAGCUUUUACACAAACCCUCGGGUAUUCACAGAUCUGGAUUAUAAUGAAGUAAUUAAUCAUCCACGUUCCUGUCUUUUUCUAAAGUUACACUUUAAUAAAAAAAGUCAUGAGUUAGUGUUUGUCGUAGCUGGUUGAGUUGUUUCUGUGAAAGAAAGAAGGGUCACACAGCAGAGUGGAAGGCUGAUUCCUCUGAGUCUUAGAAAAUUUUAAACUCCUAGAGGUCCUUUGAGUCCAAAUCCUUCAUCGGAGACAGCUGCAAAGUUUAUCACAGCAAAGUAAAUCAAGUCUCGGAGAAUCAAGUCGUGAAGUUUGACUUUCGCAGGUGACUUUAUUUAAGCGAGAGAGUUACUUGAGAAGAGCUGGUUCACUCGUGCUAGCUUGGUUAUCAAGGUCCCCUUUAAUCCAACAGGACUGUGGUAUUGCUUGCAAAAUGCCUGCUUUUAGAAAAGAAGAGCACUCAGAGGAAAAACUGACAAAUGGCACAAGCUGUAGUCUGCUCGCAGUUGUCAUGGGAUCACUAUCCUGAUAGGAUUUCGUUCAUCUCUCUCUCUCUCGAGCUAGCCUGUAAAAUGAAGGCUAAAAUCUCCAAUACUGAUAAUGAUGAUGAUGACGAUACUACUUCUAAUAAUGAUGAUGAGAAUAAUGAUGAUGAUAAGCAUAAUGAUGAUGAUGAUGAGAAUGAUAAUAAUGAUGAUGAUAAUAACAAUAAUAAUAAUGAUGACGACAAUGAUACUACUAACAAUGAUGAGAAUAAUGAUGAUGAUGAUGACGGUGAGAAUUAUGAGAACAAUGAUGAUGAUGAUGAUGAGAAUGUUAUGAUGAUGAGAAUAAUGAUGAUGAGAACAAUAAUGAUGAGAAUGAUGAUGAUGAGAAUGAUGAUGAUGAUGAGUGAUGAUGAUGAUGAGAAUGAUGAGAAGAAUGAUGAGAAUGAUGAGUGAUGAUGAGUGAUGAGUGAUGAUGAUGAUGAUGAUGAGAACAAUAAUGAUGAGAAUGAAUGAUGAAUAAUGAUGGUGAUGAGAAUGAUGAGUGAUGAGUGAUGAUGAUGAUGAGAAUGAUGAUGAUGAUGAUGAGAAUUGAGAACAAUGACGAUGAUGAUGAUGAGAAUGAUGAGAAUGAGAAUGAUUAUGAUGAUGGUGAGAAUGAUGAGAAUGUUUAUGAUGAGAAUGAUGAUGAUGAUGAGAAUAAUGAUGAGAAUGAUUAUGAUGAUGAUGAGAAUGACGAUGAUGAGAAUGAUGAUGAUGAUGAUGAGAAUUAUGAGAACAAUGAUGAUGAUUAUUAUCAUUAUCAUUAUUAUUGGUAGUGGUCGUAAUAGUAGUAGUAGUAGUACUAGUAUUUUUGGUUGAAUAACGUUUGGAAAAAAAGAAAAGCCACAAUCACCUUUCAUCAAGCUUGUGUUUGUGUGUGUUUGUGUGCAGGUGAAGGCCGUGAAGAUGGGUCACAUUCUGGUGAUUGAUGAGGCUGACAAAGCUCCGACCAACGUCACCUGCAUCCUCAAAACUCUGGUGGAGAGCGGGGAGAUGAUUCUGGCAGACGGGCGUAGAAUCAUCUCAGGUACACACACACAGACACACACUUGAACCUGUGAGGUUUAACACCUGUUCAGGAGCUGACGUCCUAGAUAAAGAGAGCAGACUACAGUAGGACCUGUAAAUGGAGGAGAUGAGGGUCGGAUGUCUUAGAGUAAAAACAGGAGUAGUAGGAGAAGCAGGCCACUAAAGGAGGAUUGGGAUAAAAGCAUUUCUGGACAGGUACCAGCAGAUUUUGGAUCACUCUGCACUGUAAACCUGCAGAUUUUCACGGUAUUAACACCACUAUCUGACAGUUUCUCCGUGCCUGUGUGGCUCCUCUUCUCACAGGAAUGUAAACACAUGCUGAGAUUUCAUAAACACAAACCUGAGACGGUUUCUGACACUUUUAGGAGCAGCAGAGGUGUCUGGAGAGACCCAAACACAUCAAACAUGGAGCGUUAAAAAGAGGACAGGCAGGGUUGCAGUCAGAAACUGAAACAUGCUAACUGUGUUUGUUUCUCCUCCAAAGAUCCACGUGAAGCCAAAAGGAGGCCCAACACCAUAGUCAUGCACCCCGACUUCAGGAUGCUGGUCCUGGCAAACAGACCUGGUUUUCCGUUCCUGGGAAAUGACUUUUUUGGUGCUCUAGGUACAAAUACAAAACACUCCCGAAAAACUGAAGCAGAGAGACAAAGACCUUAAAUUCUGCAUAUGUGUCAUUCUUCUUGUUAUUCAGUUUAAGAGGAAAAACUCUUGUAAAAGUAGUGACUAUUUCUCAUCCUCUCAUCAGGUGACAUCUUUAGCUGCCAUGCCGUAGACAACCCGAAGCCACAGGCCGAGCUGGCGAUGCUUAAACAGUACGGCCCCGAUGUUCCUGACUCCACCCUGCAGAAACUGGUGGCUGCCUUCGGAGAGCUGCGGUCUAUGGCUGAUCAGGGCACCAUCACCUACCCCUACUCCACCCGAGAGGUGGUCAACAUUGUCAAACACUUACAGGUAAGACGACACGUAAACAAACACAACAGUAAGCUUGUUAUUUUUUGAAUGCCUCUAUAGUUGUCACGGUUACGCUCUGAUACAGAGAAGAAAUCUACGAGUCCGUGCAAAGAUGCAGCAUUUUGUAUACAGCUUACAUUUUUUGCAUUCAACUAUGAUGGUCAGCACAUUCAUCUGUCUCCUCCUGAUUCUUAAAAGUGUGACUAACAUGAAACCCAGAGAGGUGAGAAAAAUACCGAGAGACCUGAAGACAAGAGCUUAGAGAAGAGAGGAAUUAAGAUUCCAGCUCUCUCUCCUGAAGAUCAAUCAUUCACUGCGCAGGGACAAGCAAGCUCUUACGUCUGAUUUCCCCGCUGACCACCCUGCUCUUUCAUCAAUCAUCUCCAUUAUUGACGGGUGCUGAAGUGGAGCAGUGGAGGGCUCUUUUAAAGCCGGUGUAGGGCCUCAUUACCAUUUCAUAUGUGGUCUUAAACAACCUGUUUGGUAACGGGGAAACCGGAUCAAUUCAGAUGAAUCCACAUUUUAGCUGCAAGGAAGAGGCUGAUAUUGAUGGUGAAGGAUAUUUACAGGUCUAAUUGGAAGGUCUUAAAGUGGAGUUAUGGUCCUAAUAUUGAAGCAGGAGACAGCGCUGUUAAGUUGUUGCAUGUAUUGUGUCAAUUUGAUAGAUGUGUUUAACACUCAGCUACAGAUUUCACUUAAAAUAUUACCCAUGUAUCCACUGUGGAUCUCUUUUACGCUUUAAAUAUUGUGUUUGCUUUCUAUGCACCAUAACAAAACAAGAAUGUGAAAAUUAUACAAUCUCAGUUCUCUAAAAACUGUAUUAUUUGUAUAAUGCUGAAAAACAACAAGUCCUGACUUGUCCUUGAAAACAUUUGGAGCAUUAUGAGACACUAAAGGGACUGUUUUUAAAAGGUUUCUGGUUUCAAAUGAGACUUUUUAAUUGUUUAUUUCUUGAAUAAAAACUGUUAGAGUGUUAAAUUCUGAAUUAAUAACACAAAUCUCUGCUUCACUUUCAGGAUGAUUGUUUUUGCUCAACUGGUUUCUGUGCAUUAUAAGCUUUUCCUUUUAAUACGAUGUGGUUACUGAAGAUCCCAAUCAGUGAAAAACAUGUAUUUUUUUUAGAGUUUCAUUAUUUUCUCUCUGUUUAGAAAUGAGAUUAAAUUCCCUCCGCUCUGUCAAACAGACUCAACCAGGCGACUGAAUUAUGUUACAUUUUAUUAACUCCUGUGUUACCUCGGCGUCUGCUGCAGCUUACACUGUGUCCUCUUGUCUGCCUUUAUUGCCCAUUCACAAACGUGUUACCGUGGUUACUGUACGAUUAAAGAUAAUUUAUUGAGGUAAUUUAUAACUUUUAUCUCCCUGUAAUAUCAAAAAUAGAAAAUAGACUUCUCUUUGAACUCGUGUUUCAGAGUCUGGAGAUGAGUUACCUUUAAUAUAACUCAUCUUAACUCAGUUUGUUCCUGCUCUGACCUUUGGUUUAAAAUUUCAAUCAAAUUAACUUUCUUUUUUUCUGCUCCUUCUCCAACCUUUCCCCUCCAACCCUCCUUUAUCUUUUUUUCUUUUUCCUCUUCUUCUCUACUCUGCAGAAAUUCCCAGAGGAGGGUUUGGCCAACGUGGUGCGAAACGUCUUCGACUUCGACUCCUACAACAAAGACAUGCGGGAGGUUUUGAUCGAGGCGCUGCACAAACACGGGAUCCCCAUCGGAGCCAAGCCCACUUCAGUCAACCUCGCCAAGGAGUAAGAACUCUGAAGAAGCAGGCACUGAGAUGAUACACACUAACACAGUAUAAACACAUUUCAGGAGCAAUUACAGAGCAGUCAGAGAGGCAUCGAGGUAGGGAGGAACACAACAGACAUGGGCAUUACUCUAUCCUGUCAUACAUCUGUGAAGCAAAAUUUUAAAACAACCACUCAGAACAGGCUGGUUUUUACCAUUUUAGAGGCUACUGACAGUGACUAAAGCUACAUCCACACUCCUGUAUUUUCAUUUCGAGCUUUUGCAGCCUUCAUUUGUAGCACCCGGACUCUCUGCAUCUGCAAAACUCAGUUCUGGGUUGCGUUAAAGAGACUCUAAAAUCUUGAUAAAGGCGCCUAAAUUUGCUUUUCUACCAGAGGUGCACUCUCCUAAUUUUGUCUGCCCUUCAUGUGACACUCUUUUUAUAGACAGGUUUCUGUGAAACGUCGUUGCAGGUGUGCCCGCGAAGCCUUGGGGCAGAAAGCAGGAAAUUUCUUAUUUGUUCACUUGUGGAGUCAACAGAGAAAGAAAAUGACAAGGCGCUGUUGUGCUGUAAACUGCACGAAUUGGCAAAACAAACAGUCCGCAAACAUUAUGACCCUGCUCCUGAUAUUAGAAACAUCUAAAACAAAGUCACAACCUGGUAAAUUGAGUGAAAUUCACAGACAUUUGUGUUUUUUCUGAUUUUGAAAGAAAAAGCGAUUUUUCAAUGAAAUUACAUUUUAUUGCAAUUCUGUCUGGGAGAACUUGCAAACAAUACGGCAUCUUCAUUGAUAUCAGUUCACUCGGAAGCAGGAUUUUGCCCCCUGGUUGCGUGCGCACCUAGUAUUGUUUGUGCACAAGAAACCCAUCUAUAAAGAAACAAACAAUGUUAGCUCUAUCAGGCAGCUUUUCACCGGCAUGAAUCAAUCAGUGCAUGUACUGCUGCUGGCCUCAGAGGCUAUUGAAUUUAGCAUUUUGCUGCAAAAUGCUUCAACUUAGUACAUGUGCAAGAGACAAGCUUUUAUUCAGUGAUGCUAACAGAACUGCAUGGACGAUCAUUUUAGCACCUAAUGAAAAUAUGCCAGUGUGGAUGUAAACAGCUGCUUUUCCUGCUGGAAAUCUAACACGAGGAUGAUAGCUGUGUUAAAUAACAGGAAUCCACUUUAAAACACACACAUCACCUUUUAUUUAUCACAUCAAAAAUUUAACAUAGGCUGAGGUGAGAUUUUUAGUGUCAUUUAAACUAUAGAAAGUUGAGAUACCAUAUAAAUAAAAAUUGAGAUCGUAACAAAUCUUAAAAAACACAAUCAGUAUUUAAAAAAAACAAUCAAAUGUUUCUUAUUUUUGAUUCCUCUCCAACCGGUUCUUGAUGUUUAUCAUGACUGUUCACCUCUGAGCAGCUCUCCUGCAGAAAGGGUUUCUAGAGAGGAUGUUUUACUGAAAUGAUUUUAAAGUAUCUCUAAGAAGUCAAAUCCUGAAUGCUUGAAGUCGGCUGGUUUUCCCCUCAGCCUCUUGACUGGUUUUCCGAUUAAACUACAUUUUGAGGCUUCCAUGAAGUCUCCUCGUUACAAACUACAGUAUUUAACUGCCUAGAUCAUCCUCAUCAUUACCUCACUUCUCCUUAAGAGAAAAAAAGGCUCGUAUAUCUUCUACAUUGUCUCAUAAUGUACAGCUUUGUCUUUGAAAUAAAGGAAAAUAUUUGUUUCUUCUGUCUCCUGUGCGUUUAUUUAAACUUAUUACAUUCAUAAAUGAGUAAAAUCAUAAAAAGAGAGCAGAGCAGAAACAAGUAUUUUCCUUUAGCUGAUUAUAAAGAGAUUGUUGAAGUUUUGCAUCGUUUGAGAUCUUCGUUUCAUCUUUGACAGUUUAAACCUCGACUAAUCAUGAACAUAAAAGCUGCAGUUUUGGUCUCCGUUCCCAAUUUUGACUGUGGAAAACAAGAAAACCACUUCUGUUUGGUAUCUCUUUGAUUUUCCAUUAUAGAAAUAUUUACAGUCCCCCAACCCAUUUAUCCACUUAGAGUCUGUGAGUUUGGUUGUUGUGAAUAUUUCUUCCCACCUGCAGCCAAUAAGAGUGUGGCUACGGUCCAGCUCUGAUUCAUACUUCAGGCUGCCGGACGAGUAAACAUCAGGCCAGACACAACAAGCCGAGCGAGCGUGGACUCACACAGAGAAACUACAUCCAACAGACACUAGCUUGAGCUUCUCCACAAACACAGGGAUGAAAUAGAGCUCGGUUUAGAGUCCAAAGCGAAAGGCUGUCUGUGAAAUCCGGUUAUGACCAAAACGUACACUUACAUCCCAGCAUAGCCUAAUUUCUCUUCAUAGACACAAACAUGUGCAUCUAAGGUGGUUGUCAUCAUUUGACCUUUAACCUUCAGGUUGCCCCUGCCUGAGGUCAAGAUGACCGGUUACUGGACGAUAAACCAUGGAGUGAACGCUCGCCGCAAACUUCUCUGUCCUACCGAGACGCACACCAUUGACAUCAAGGUAAAACGUUAAAGAAAAUCCACCCAGAAUAAUGAUGUUUGAGGUCAACUGGUACAUAUUAAAGGUUUAAAACAUAUUAAAAUAAGGACACAGUCAGGUUGCAUCAAAGUCGGCAUUAUCCAGCACAUUAAAACAAUGAACACUAAGAUUCAGAGCUCAUUAGAACGGCUCUUUUGAAGGGAAUUUCUACAUAUUUAAAUCUUUGCAACAGUAUUUAAAUAUAUUGCGUUAUGUAACUGAUGUGAUUUUUAAACUACACAUUUUUAAAGUUUGUACAAAAAAGCGGUUAACUUUUCUAGCAUACAUGGGGAAAAAAACAUUUGUUUUCCAGUAUUUGGAUUGGAAAGUCUUAUUAUCCCCAAAGGGCAGUUUGGUUUACACACAGUAAACAAACAUAAAUACAAACACAGAAAUGAGAUACAUAACUGCAGUGUAUGCAGUUAAAUUUAAAGUCCAACAGAAUCUGUUUGAAUGGAUCACAGUUUCAUAACCCGGUACAGAUCUCCUGAUUUGCUGGUUUUUCUAUGGUGGUCGCUAAAAGGUCAAAAUACGAAAACCCUUUUUUUUUUAACCAAAACCCAAGACAUUCAACUGAAAGUGAAAAACAUUUCACAAAAUAUUUCCAAAAAGAGUUCUUUAUCAAAAUGUUUUUCUUUUAUUUUUUUUUAUCAAUUUUUUAUUGAUAGAUUUUUAAAUUUAAUAAACAUUUUUUGUGUUUUUUUUUUCUUUUUUUUUUUUGGUUUGGCUUUGUAUUCCCACCAUCUUUUUUGCAUUUUGCUGAAUUUAUUUUAAGUCUGGAAUAAUGUUUUUGCAUUCUAUUAACUGAUUUUUGGUUUUAUUUAUUUAUUUUGUAUUCAUUUUAAAUUUUUAACACAAAUUUAGCAUUUUGCGAUGUGUUUACUAGAUUCUACAAAAACUGUAAUACAAAUGAGAGGAUUUGACUUCACCUCCUGUGACAGACAUACACUGAACUUUAUCAAAAUAAGAGCACAUGCUGAUUACUGCUCACUUAACAAGACGGUUAUGUGUGUGACGGUUAUGUGUGUUGUGUCUGCAGGGCCCAGUGUUUCUGCGUGUGCAGAGUUAUCCCUGUAACAGACAGGAGAGCCGUGCUCUGAGCUUCAGUGAGGAGAAAGCACACUGGCAGAUCCCCAUGAAUGAAGUCAACAUCAUCUGCGACGUCACCACCAAAGAUGGUACACACACACACACACACACAAACACUCAUACCUUCAGAAAUAACAGAAUAAUUGAAAUGUCCUUGUUCUGUUUUGCAGACACGCUGCUCGUAGCCACCUGUAACCCGGUGUCCCUGUUCUCCAUGAAGGAGCGCGGGGACACGAUCCGCUGCAUGGAGCUCUAUGAUGUCUUCCCCAGGACCAUCAGUGGAGUCUGGCAGCCGUUUGUCACUGUGGCUCCUCUUGGGAGUCCUUUGGAGGGACAGGUGGUGCUGCACGAAGAGCAGGUUAGCGGGCACACACGCACAGACAGACAACUGAUGGUACAUACAAUAUGAUUGUAUGCAAGACAGAAAUACGAUGCCAUUCAAAAUGAAAUAUACUGUAGUAUUUACUAUAAUAUGUUACGUUACAUAGGAUAGGAUAGGAUAAAAUAGAAUGGGAUACACAAAGGUCAACUCCUUAAAAAUAUUACAAAGACAGAAAUAAGCCACGUAAAGGAGAGCAAUUUUAAUGGCAUGUUUGACUCGUCUGUUUGAACAGACGUGUGAAUAUGAGUUUCCAGAAGUUUCUUAUUCAUUCCAGUACUAAGGCUGGUUUUUAUAGAGGAAAAUCUCAGUUUAUAAAGCUAAUCUGCAACUAAACCUGCAGAUAAAAGCUCGAGGAGAGCUCAGUCUGAUUGUAAAUGAACUUUUAGAUUCUUUCUCUCUUUGACUUUCCUGCUGGCUCGACUUCAGCCGAAAAAAAACAACUUCCUGCAGGGUUUCGAAUUAGAUUUACCAAAUCUUACAGAGCUCUGUUUAUAAACUGACCAUCAGAACAUCACAUUUGUUCUGUCUCAAAUGUUUGUUUGGUAGAAAAUGUUACAACAUCACUUAUCUGGAAAUUGUGAGCGCACUCACACAGACUGACGGUCUGUUCACAGAGGAAUCUUCUCUUCUGGUCCCAUGUCCUUAUUUGCUUAAACGUAACAUGACACUUAUGCAACAGUGGUAUUUAAACUUUCUUUCAGAAGACGACCACAGAUUCCUCACUGAUUGAAAAUAGCUGCUCACAGGCCCGUUAUAGAUCCUGUAAACGGCUGGUGGUUAGCGGUUGUUUGCUGUUGAACCUCACUCACCCCACAAGACCCUGAUCUGUGACGACAGAGAUCCAGACAGGAACAAUGCAUGUAAGUCUUUUCUCCGGCUGGCCAGAGCUCGCUACAGCUGGAGCGCAUUAGACAAGAGGAGGCCUUUCUAAAAAUACCUCCGUGAUGGAUCGUGUUACUUCUGUCUAAAAAUGAAGAGGUCCAGACAACAUGGAGUUCGUCCACAGGUCGGCGGCCUCUUCAGGGGGGGAGUCAGGGAAACCGUGGUGAGCGCAAAAAUGCGCGCAAAGAUUUACUGGUGCAAAGUUCACGGACAAGAAAAAUAACUUCAAAAACUGAACAGAUCGAGAAUACAUUUCCACAAACAUUACCUGACCUGUCGACGUCUUGUCAGGUGUCAAAUCCACAAAGAGGACAUUCAGAUUUGUUCACAUUCAGUUCAAAAGUAGUAAAUGUAAAGGAUCAGGAAACCAGGCGUCAUGAGGAAGACACCGGUGAGGAAGAGGGCACAAGCAUCAUAGCCAGAGGAGACUGACCAGUGCACCAGGAGAGGUGGAGGGGGUCAUAGAAGGACACCAACCUGGCAGUAGGACUACAAUCUACUCCUUUAUGAGAGGAGGAGUGGGAGACAUCCUCAGGCAUGAUGGGUUUGGAAGACGGUCAAUGAUGGUCUUCAGAGGCAUAUCCUUGGAGGGCCCAUCAGACCUCCAUGUGCCAGUGGAAGGUACCCUCAGACUUGUUGUCAGACCAUACGCUGGUCCAGUGGGCCCUGAGUUCCUUCUGGUGCAUGGCAGUGCCCAGCCUCAUGUGGCCAAACUGUGUCAUUACAUCCUGGAUGAUGAAGGCAGUGAUGUUAUUGGCCGGCUUGUCCGUUUCCCGGACCUGAAUCAAAUCCAGCACCUCUGGGACAUCAUGUGACGUCGCACCACAGACUGUCCAGAAGCUGCCUGAUAUUCUGAUCCCAGUCUGGGAGAAGAUCCCCCAGGAGACCAUCUGUCAUCUCAUCAGGAGCAUUCCCAGACGUUGUAGAAAGAGUAUACAGGCAUGUGGAGGCUAUACACACUACAGAGCCACAUUAUGAGUGGUUUUUGAUGAACUUCAGAGUUUGGAUAAGACUGUGAUCUCUUUUUUUUUUUCAUUUUUGUUUUGGGAAUGGUUCUGAAUCCAGUCCUCAAAGGGUUAAUAAUACUGGUUUCCAUCGAGCGUCCUUAUGUUAUUUGUUCUCAGCAAAUUACACAGUGUUACGAUCAAGAUUUUUAACUGGAAUAGUUUGUUAAAAAGAUCGGGGAUGUGUGAUUUAAGUGUUCCCUUUAUUUUUGAGUAGUGUAUCUGGUCUGUAGGACAUGAAGGUUAUAAUCUCUGUAUGUAAUAUUUUGGUGGAAGGAAUCAGUUUUCAGAAAAGAGAGCGUUGUUUUGAGUUAGAUUUUACUUGGAGAAGAGCGCCCUCUGCUGGCAAUCAUGGAGAAAGAAGUUAUUAAGAAAUUACCUACUCCGUGCAGGUUUCAUUUUUUUCACUAUAACAAAAUUUAACUUCAACUCAAACACAGAUUUGAUUCACAGAACAACAAUCAGCUUAUUUUCCUGCUUCCUUUAGGUGGCAGCCUGUGAAAUUAGAUAUUAUUAUCUAAUUUCUCCUCUUUGAUUUGUGUUUCUGUCAGAGUAACACAGUCCUCCAUCUGGACAUGGAAACAGGCGCCGUGCGGAGGCUCUUGCUGUCCCCGGAGAGCGACCCUCCCUCUGCCCGAGCGUCAAACUGGUGGAGCAGCAAAGAACAGCAGGUCAGAGGUUUCUCCGCCUCCACAGUCUGAGGUCAUCCGGCCUCUGGCUCCUCAAUGCUCAGAAGUCGUUUCCAGUAUUAUUUAAGACAUGUUCAUUUUCCCCAGAGUGCAGAGUUUACAUUAGGAACAUGUUCAAUGAUUAAUACUCUGUUUGUGUCCAUAAAUAAGGGGACAUUAUUCUCUCUUAAAUGCUGGUCUCUCAAUUACAGAUUAAAGUUUGAGAAGAAAAGCCUCAUUUAAAAGUGUGAAAUUAAUCUUUUGACUUCUUUUGGUUGUUGUUUGCAGGGCGGUCACAAAAUGUGUCGGGACUUUGCUCAUAAAAACUGGCUGCUCUUCUAUAAGGAGAAUGGGUGAGCCUCUUUGUCUCAAAAUGACUGAUAAAAAACAAUCUACCACAGCAAGAGCUAUAAGAAACAAUGAGCUGUGUUUGUCUUCUUAAUGCAGAAACCAGUUAGAGGUGCUGGAUGUGCUGGAGGGCCGAGUUCACUCCAUCUCUCUGCCCAUCAACCUGAAGUCUGUUCACCUGGUGGCUGAGGAUCGCUGGCUGCUGCUGGAGAGUAACACCAACAAGUGAGUGAAGGACAAGGGUUUCAGAUCUCUCUUAAAGGAUUAAUGCUUCACUUUUAAACCACAGACUUUUUAACUCAUAGUUGUAGUCUCUGUGAUCUCGCCAAAAGGCAGAAACAGACUUUUUUGUUAGAGAGUACGGUCAAUUUUUCGAUCCAGAAACAGUCGUCUUUGUGCUCUCUUCAAACCCACCAAACCCCAUUCACCAAAUCUCUAAUUCUUCUUUUCAGAAAACAAGAGUCACUGGUCUGCUGCUGUUUGUUUCUUACAAAGUGUUAUGUCUAAAACUAUCAGUAUAAAACAUCAAAAUCACACAAUAGUACAGAAAAGAAAAAGGCUUUUUUUAUCAGUGGAGUCUUGUGGGCUUUCCAAAACCAUUGUUAUAGCUGUGUCUGAUUCCUGGAAAAGAUCGUACUUUAACAAAAAACUUGUAGAAAUUUGGAUCCCAAAACAUCAUAAAAUUACUGUCAGAGUUAAGACAUUAGAAUUCCUCCUUAAUAUUUUAGGAAUGAAUUAUCUCCUGUUGUCCUGUGUUUAUCGUUAAACAGGAAGUUCCUGCUCACUAAGCCCAUGCACAUGGCAGCCGAGGACUCUGGAGUGUGUCAGCUCCACAGCAUCAGUGAGGACCCGGUCAGCUCAGGACAUGGAGUCGGCUCAGGUACAGAUCAACUCAUUUAAGAUCCCACCGCUCUGACAGCGUUAUUCAAACUGCUCUAAAGCACUUAUUUAAGACUUAACCUCAGAGCGAUCAAAGGACCCCGAGAGAUAAACUGUCAGAUGAUAGACCAGUGAAGACCUCUAUGUGUGGGUAUCAAAUUAAAUGUGCUGUAAGUCGUGUGUAGUUCAAUAAAUAACCUUUAUGUCACAGUGGGUGAGAACAUCUAUGAGGAAUAUCCACCAAUCAGGACCGAAUGAGUCCAUGAAAGUCAGAGGUCACUGUGCUUACUUGGGGACACCGAGCUUCACUGUAAAUCAAAGAGGAAAUCUGUGCAAUGACCUCAUUUAGAGAGGCGAUAAUGUAACUGCAUCCCGCUCAUAGAUAAGGACAGACAUAGAAAUAAACCAUGUUUACUCUAUAACUUAACUGAACAAGUUUUCACUCUGCAGACCUAUAUUUCUUUCUGAUUUCUAUCCUCUGCUUUGUUUGACCUCCUCUCUCAUUUCUCAGUUGAGGCGUCUGUACCUCAGAUGUUAUCAUGUGAACAGCUACCCAACGAGAACCUGAGUGCCGCUCUGGACCAGAAGAUCGUUUCACCAAAUCGAGUCCUGGCUGACACUGGCUCCUACGCACAAAUCAUCGUGGGCUUCCCAGACCUUGUGGUGAGAAUCUAAGAUGGCGUUGUGCAAAAUAAGUGGACGUUAUUUUCUUCACAUAUCAAAUUUUAAUUUAAUGCACUGUACAAUGUUUAACCGUCAAGUUAUGCCUAUAAACAGCAGAGCAAGGAGGUGUUUAGUGCCUUACUGGAAUCCUGAGCUACGAGUGAUCCACAGGGGGCGCCAAAAAUGACAGAAACUGGACAUUCCUCAUAAAAGCAAACAUUUACCAUCUCUCAGUCUUUAUUACCAUCUGUGUGCUCGAUGUGUUAACGCUGAUAUUUCCCUUUUCAUCCAGUCUCCUAACGAGGUGUACGGCUUUAAGCGACGCGUCGAUCUCUCCGAGAUGAAAAGCGGCGACAGCGGCGCUAACACCUUCUUCAGAGGAAGCCUUCGCUCAGCCUCCGCCAAACGGGAGAACUGCGUCAGUCUGCUCUCAGCCAAUCAGGUGGUCAGAGCUCUUCCACCCAACAAGGUCCCCCUAAAGGAGGUCUACCCCAAAGGUCAGGGUUCAAAUGAAUCAAAUGUGGAAAAUAAACACAACUAGAGGAGGAUUUCGGGGUUUAAAAAAACAUGUUUUCUUCUUCACACUCAGAUAUUACUCCUCCGAUGACAGCAGCGUACCUGGAGGUGACCGAUCUGAGCUCCAAAAAAGUCAAAUAUAUUCCUGUCCCACGGUAAGGAACACACCGGUCUUAUGACAGAGUUGUGUCGAGUAUUUUUCUACAACUUAGAGGACCAAAGGUAACCCUUUCUUUUACGGUACACUUAUUACCAGGUAAUUAAUAGGUAAUUACCUAGUAACAACAUGGUAACAAAUUAUCUGGUAAUUACAUGAUAACUACUAAGUCAAUACUGUCUAGCUACCAGGUAGGUAACCUUCCAUCAUCAUACAAAUUUGAAGCUGAAUUGCUCUGGUAUUUCCAGGAUUUUCUCCGCUUCCUGGAACCACCACUUGCGCAGUAACAUUGUACGCAUUCUGCGGGUGAGUCGCUGUGAUAAUGCUCGGCUCAAACAGCAUAUCGCUAUGCAAUCCUCACACACCCAUAGGCUGUAUCAAGUGUCAAUCACAGAAAAUAAGAACCCCAAAUAGCUUUUGAAAAUGUAGCUGCACAGAAAAAAGAAAAAAAGAAAAUUAGACAGAAUUGACUUAGUUGUUAUCAUGUAAUUACCAGAUAAUUUCAUGUUUUUAGUAGGUAAUUAUCUGUUAAUUACCUGGUAAUAAGUGUACCUUAAAAGAAAGGGUUACCGGACCAAAAGAGAAGAAAAUAUGCUUGAUUUAAAUGCAAAGAAAGCUCAUAUCAGCCUGCUGUAACACAACCACUGCGUCUGUUCUUUAAAUUUUAUUGUGCAGCACUUUGGUAAACUUGAAUGUUUUUUAAAAUGUGCUAUAUAAAUAAAGCAGAUUAGAACCAUAGUGCAGGACUUCAGGGUGACACCUGGGGUAGCCAAUCAGAGGACACACCCUCGUUUGCAAGAGAAGCAGCAGGAUGUAGAAUAAUGACAUUUGAUUGUCGAUAUAUGGCUUUUCUCUUACAAACAUCAUAGUGUAUUACCUUGUGAAGCAGUUCAGUCCUUCUUUCAAUGACAGAGAUUUCUGCGUCUUUGUGUCUGUCAGGUCCAUGUCAGUAUCGCCGUACACCAGCUGGUUGUCAAAGGUGUCAGAGUCUGAUGUGCUCAUCGCCGCUCUGGGUACCGGCGGCGUGGUCACUGUGGAUAUGGGCGGGUACGUCCGGUUGUGGGAAACAGGAUUGGACACUCUGCAGAGAUCACUGAUGGAGUGGAGGAAUAUGAUUGGAUCAGAGGACGGCAGACCUGUACAGGUAAUCCCACAGCUUUGUUUGACUGCUUUAUACCGCUCACAGUGGAUCUCUAAAAGAAAUGGCUGUAGGCUGCAGUUUCUCUUCUCACCACAGAGGGGCAGUGCAGCUUCAUGAAUAACUUAAAAGUGAUUUUGGGACAGCUUGUGUACUUGCCUUCCUCUGGCAGAAUACUCAUGCUGCAGAAAUAGACUUGAUCUCAUGUUAACCAGAAUGUUUCCAGGCCUGAAGUUUAUGACCCGCUGUACCCGGGGUGGGUGUGUAUGAAUGAACGGGCUUUGUGUUGAUGAUGCAACAGGUCUGACCCUGUGGGUAUGGCUCAAAAUGUUCAGACCAGCUCACUGAGGAAGCCUUGUUUAUGUGCCCACGCACAAAACAGAGACACGAAUUCUUCAGAUAACCCAGCCUGUACGUGCAGACUGUUCUCUAUCUGAGCAUCUGUGUCUGUGCACAAGGCAGGAAAGGAGAGCAGGGACCUUAAAAAAGAGACUGAUGAUGAAGUCGAGUCCCUUAUAGAGUGGAAUCUUUAAUGUUAGGGAUAUUUUAAGAAAGUCCUGAAAGGAUUGUUUCGACUGCGGCCUUUAUCUCGUCUGUACUGUUGAGUCUCGUGUCUCCAAUCCUCCUCUUAAAAAUACUCCACAGGUUCAGUCCAGUCAAGCACAGUAAGACCACAGUCAGAAAACCAGUUUCUUGUAGUUUUGGCGCUGUGGGCAGGUGUCAGGUCCUGCUGGGAAAGGAAAUCUGUAUCUCCAUAAAUCUUCUUUGCAGGUGUUUAGAGUUUAUCAGCUGAUUGAAGUUCUUUUUCAGGAGUGAAAUAACUGAAAAGGAACUGGACUUUUCCAGAAUAUUCUUAUGUUUUCAGGUAGUUGAUUUUUGUUUUUGACUCCUGUACAGUCUUGUCUAUCACCAACAUUUUCAACUUUUGCACUUUCUCUUUUUUGGCACUCACUGUAAAGUUGCUGUUCCUUCAAGAGCCCUUUAAUACCUAAAAAACUGUCUGACACCCAGCCAUGCUGAGGUUUCCACCUGCAGACCUGCUCUGCACACACUGACCCUCUCCCGGUCCAGAUUCCUCAGUGGUCAGGUCGUCUUUGAUGGGGCACCUUCAGCUCUCUGUAGGUCAGACUCUCACAGACGCUCCCUGUGCUCCAUGUUUGCUCACUGAAAAUAACAGUAACUCUACUGUAUUUAAACCUGCUGCUGUAAAAGGCUCUCUGUAGGUCUGCUCAGAGGUACACUUCACUGUUUGCACACCUCAGUCCAAUACGAGCUGUUUGCACAAAGCACAUAUGCAUCAGUUGUUAAAUACGAUGUUUCUCACACUCUUAAAAGAGGCUUUUACCUUCUAACGAAAGAGGAAAUGUCCCAUUUUGAUCUGUCUUUUUUCAGGCAUGAGGAAAUGUUAUUAUAUAUCCUAUCCCCUAUAUCCAUGGAUACUUGUAUGUCUAAACAAUCAAACAUCAGACCGUGUGUGUGAGUGUGAAUCCAGGUGUGCAUGACUGCAUGGCUUUUAAUCUGAACGGUCCCGCUCAUCUGUCUGUACACCUAGCCUGUUCCAUUACAGCACUGUUGACAUCAUGGAUACACACACACACACACACACACACACCAGUCAUCACCUGUCUGCACACACACACACACUCUCCUUUUGUUUGACUGGUGUUUCCAAAGCCAGGUGUUUACAGGUAAACAGUGUGAAUAAAAGGAUCAUGGGACUUUUACUCUUUCAGUCAGUCAACCUGACGCUUGAUUCUUCAGUAGAGGUGAUUUUUACAUUUAUAUUAGUGUUUUUUUCCCCCUUAUUUAACAUAGUGCUAGUUCAGGCAGGCCACAGAGUCGCAGCACAUCAGCUGAUUUGAACCCCAGCCUUUAUCAGCUGGUUACUUUCUAUGAGUCUGAUUGGCAAAUAUCGAAAUGGUUAGUCUACUUUGAUGCUCGCCUCCUCUCAUCUCAUGUCAUGUGGAUAGUACCCCAGUGGUCUUUGCUGAUGUUCUCCCUGCCACAUGAAACAAUAGGGCAGCGUGCUCUCCACGCUUUAGGUCUUGGCAUUCAACGAAAAAUGGACAAAGAAGGGCAGGCAGCUCUGUAGCGGGUCUUUGCUGCUGCUCCCCCUGCCUUUGCUAUACAUGUCUCUUAAAUCUGCAAAAAGUCUGUUUGAAAAUGCUACAACACCUGGUUCCUGUUUUACAUAUUUUGGCGUCUGAAUCACAAAUUGGUACAUGAAGUUUAGGAAUUUCUCUAGAGGUCUGCAGGGAUGAGAUACUCUCUAACAGCUGCAACAUGUCUCUUCAGGCCACUCAAACUAUGCACACUAAAUGUGUUUGAUUUCAAAUUGAAGGGCUCAGAUGUUUGUCUUCGAACUCCAAAAAAACGUUCACAAAUACGUUUAAAAACCAGCAACACACAUAUGCACUUGAGUUCACAUUGGGGCACACAUUCACUUCCAUAAGAAACACUCAAAAUGGGCUUAAAACCACACAGAUACACACACGAGCAGAUGCCUCUUCUACUAAAUCACGCUGUCUUUGGGCGUCUAAAGGGAGAAUCGGAAAUUUACGAGGCUAUUAAUCCUGCAUGACGAGGCGUGGACCUUCAAUGAGAGAGGCAGUGAGAGAGUGAAAGAAAGAGGGUUGGAUGGAGCUCAAUGAGCGAGGAGGGAGGGGCAGAGACAUCGAUUCCCACAGUCAUAAAAAUGAAGUUUUCUCCACUUCAGGGCCUGCCAAGCACCACUUUUCCCUCCGCUGAGGGGCUAUGAUGCAAGCGCAGGCUCGCUGCUGACCGCCAAAGCUGCAGAGGACCAGAGCAUCUGAGGUGGAAACCCUGAAGAAACAGAACACAGAGUCCACAACUUUACAAAAAAAAAGUGAAAAAUUUCAUGGUUUGUUUCUUCCUCCACGAAAACAAACUGAAGAUGUUCGGGUUGAGUUUAUCUCGGGCUUCAGGAAACAUCAAUUUCGUCAUAUCUAUACACAUUUAGAGAACUUGUUAACCAUUGAGUAAUCAAGCUCGAAACAUAAUCCCCGCCUCAGUCAGAUAGUGCUCAUGUUGUUGGUAAACCUGAUGUCACUGCUGUCAGAAUCCCUGCUGGGACUGUAACAUGAAACACACAGAGUCAUUAAUGACUCAGGCCUCUGUCACAGUCUGAGGAGGAUCCUGAGCUCAGUCUUUCUAAAGUAAAAGAUCCCUAAAAUGGCCUGGUGUUGUAAGACAUCACUCGUCAUUUUUCCUAAAUGCGGAGUUCAGACCAUUCGUCACCACUUUACUGAUCAUGGCUGAGUCCAUUAGCGGCAUGAAGACACAUGCUGGAGGUCUGUCGUCACCAUGGGAGAGUUUAAUCUUAAUUUAGUGUGAUGACAGAGAGGAUUACUGGAACUAGAAUGUACUGCUGAAGGAUUCCUCUGUAAAGGGUGGAUAUCUGAGAUACUUAAAAUCCAGCGUCAGCCCUAAUGGAUGCAGGCGUGUGAAUGUAAAGUGGAUUGAAUUGUGAUUGUGUCAGGGUUUCUUGAGUGACUGAACUUUGGGUGUGAGGGGUUAGCCCACGCUCUGAACAGUAGGGCAGGGAUGAUAGCUGAGGGUAACUGUACUGAUAAGGAGGCUUAGUUUGGCCAGUGUUAAUCCAUAUUUAUACAUAAAUGAAGUACAGAUUGCUCUAUAGCUGUGAAGUCCUAGUCGACUGCUCGACUUAUUCGUUGACCAGUCAAUUGGGUCGACCAAAAUUCCGAUUGGUUGACUCGAUUUUUUUCGUGUCAAUUUACAGUCCAUUGUUAAUUUAAUCAGGAGGAAUGUACCAAGUGCUAACGGGGGUGUUUUCAGAACACCCCCAUUUCACAGGUAACAGCCUGUCUCAGAACAACCCCCUUGAUUUCACCAUUUUGGAUUCACCCAACCCACUGGAGACCGGCUGGAGACAGGAGGUUUGAAGAGAGUCCAGAAGGGUUUGCUGUCAGAGUGAGAUCCACCCAUCUCCCACCCCAUUAGUCGAUUUUUGGUCGAAAAUUUCAAGGUUUUAGUCGACCAAGAAUUUCUAUGGUUGAUUACAGCCCUAGUUAACCCUGACUCAUCAGAGCGUCUUUUAGACCAGUGGUUCUCAACUGGUCUCACUCUGGGACCCACAUUUUCCCAUGGUCCUGAAGUCACAACAACCCAAUUAUAAAAUUCUAACCAAGCAAAUUUAUUUCGUAUGAAAAAAAAAAAACCUCUGAAGACUGAAAUCUUUGACAUAAAUACACCUAUUUUAUUGAGUAAAGUGCAUUUCAGAGCACAUGAACUGAGGAUGACAACUGCUAAAGUUGCUUAUGUAGAAAAUAUCAAAUUGCACACGGAGACCAGCAAAAUGAAAAAAUUGACAUAUUAAGAAGACCCUGAGGCGGAUCGUGCAACAGCAUGGACAAAAGUGAAUGAAUAUCAAAUUGCACAAAAUAAAGACCAUAAAAAAACAUGUAAUUUUACUGCAUUCAGGACACAUUAAUAAGAAACCAAAGAGGACCACAACAUAAUGCGUGCUUUUCAAAAUAAGCUAUUUUUCAAAAUAAAAGACAUUAUCUUUUCUUUAUUAUCUUUACUUUUUUGACCAGCUGUUCGCGACCCACAUUUGGGUCAGGACCCACCAGUUGAAUAUGAGACACGUUUCAGGUUCCUGUAACAGUAAUGUGUUGAUCUCACUCAGCAUGGUUAAAUCGAGCCAUCGUCCUCACUUUACAGACCUACAGGAAAGCACCGCCUCUUUGAUCCAGCGUUUUGUUGGCAGGAGAAAGAGAGUGUGGUGUUUAUAGACGGAUCACACUCAUAAACACUCUGUACUUCUCACUCAGACAGCUCAGCUCCUCCAUGAAGCUCCAUUUCUCCACAUCAGGUGCUUCGCAACAUGGGACCGGCAUGUGUGCAAUUCAGCUCAUGUCCUGGCAGUGUGACGCACCCACACACACACACACACACACACACUCAUGCAUCAGUGUGUAACCAGAGAGCGGUCACAUGGUGGAGGUGAGCUCCUGGAGGUGAGCUAUGGUGACACCAGUGACUCAAACCUCUGACCCUUUACCUCAGCACACAGCUAUGGAGGUGCGACACGCAGGUCUAUCUGGUUACUGAUGACACACACAUCUACACAAACACACAAACUCCAAUACACACACUUCCUGUUGAUCCUGACCAACACUCAUCUAUUGAUACACAGAUGCUCUGUUAGUCUGCAGCUGCAUUUCAAACCCUCUGAGUCUGAGAUCCUGCUGGUCCCUGAACAGACUCCACCCCCCGUCCUCACACUCUUAUUGUCAUUCAGAAAAGGUUCAGUGGUGAUUUUUCUCAUGCAGAUUUUUAAUUCAAACAGCCAACACAGCUGCAAGUCAGAUAAUAUAUGACCCUCAUGGUCCUUUGAGUCUGAGCGAGAGUGUUUUUGGGAAGCUGAAGUGUCAUCACCUCAGACUGUAUUUGUAGAGGAAGCCUAUUUAUACUGUUUUCUUUUUCACCAAGUAUAUCUAAUUUAGGUUCAUUCUUGGAUUAUGAUUAUGCAAUAGUUAUAAGAGCAGGCAGGGGAACUUUGAGAGGUUUGUGCCCAAUGAAAAACAUCAAGACUCUCAGUUUUUGUUUUGCUCUGAGUGAAAUUUCAGAUGGAAGCUCUUCCUUGGGAGUUAAGAUAUUCAGUCUUGCUGGAAAACUGCGUGUGGGGAAAAAGGAAAUUAACAAGGGGCUCCGACUUUCUGCACCUCAUUUACAGGCAACAUCUGCUCCAGGUGUGAGGACAGAGAUGGAAAACAGCUGAAACCCUGUGUGUGGAUGGUCUCUGUUUUAAUUUCCAUGUGAAUUUGGAUGAUAAUUGAAGAUGAUUGUUUUGGUUGAUCAAGUGUUAUUAUCUUGUCUUUAUAAUCUGACCUGGUUUAAAUCAAAGUGACCUUCCUAAUCUGCUCUAAAUACAGAGCUCUGCUGAUACAGCAGCCUCACGGCGGCGGUGUGAGAGUAAAGCCUCAGAUCUGAGCUCCUCCGUGAGUCAGUUUAACAGUUAUAGGUGUGGACAGAGACGCUGCAGCAGGAGAGGAGGACUCCCUCUCUGAUGGACAUCUGCUCUUGGUAGAUAAAUAACUGCACAGACACAUUAAAAACAGAUAAGACACAGAGCAGCAUGUAUGAGUUCAGCUUUCCUGCAGCGAAACACUCAGUCUCCGUGUUCCUCUUUCACCCGGUCAUGCAUGCCGGACUCCAGAGUUAACAUGCUGAUUUUGUGCAGAGGAAGCCUUUGAGAUUGACCCUGAGCUUUAUCCUCCUGCAGAGAGACACAGAGUCUGUCUGUCUGUCUAUGCUGCAGGAAUCUCUCACCUUAGAGAUACAGAGUCUUUUAUUUUGAAAUGCCUGCUGUAUGGUGGGCAGCUUGCCUGCUGUUUGGGCUUUUUGUGGAUUUCUUUGUAAAUCAAUUCUGCUCACCGGGAGCUAAAAGAAAAGUGUUUUUCAGGAAAGAUAUGUAAUGGUUUUUCUCCAACUUUGACCUAAUUUUUGUCAGUAUUUAUGUCUAAAACCUGCAGAUUUCCCAAUGAGUAUUUAUCAUAGACUGUAUAAAGAAUUAUUAUUAUUAUUAUUAUUAUUAUUAUUAAUUAUUAAGGUUAUUGUAAGACUGGUUUGUGCCCAAGUCCUUUUUUUCUGUACAGCUCCGUUUUUAAAAGUUAUUAGGGUGUUCAUGUUUUCUAUGAUUGACACCUGGUACAGCCUAUGGGCGUUCAGGGAUUGCGUAGCUCACCCGGGGUUGAGCCGAGCGUCAUCACAGCGACUCUCGGCGACUGCGCGGCCGAAUGCGCGCAUUCGCUACUGCGCAGCUCUGGUUUCCAGGAAGUGGAGAAAAACCCGGAAUUACCGAGAGCUUUUUGGCUUCGAAUCCUUAUACAGGGGGAACCAGGUUGUCCAUAGUAUAUACAGUCUAUGGUAUUUAUCCACUAUGUAUAAGAGUUAUUUUCUCACUCUAUUCCUGCACAUGCUGGUUGUAUGAGUGUCCUGUUAAAGGCUGCAACAAACAGCUUUUUUUUCUGAACCACAUGUAAAAAUAACACUUAGGCUUAUCGACAUUAAUGUUCAGUGUUAUGCGAUUGUACAGUGCAGUUUUCUGAUUUAUUAAUAGUCAGAGCUUCAUCAGGUGAUUGUCUUCCACACCUGGUCUGUGUAUAACGUGAGUAGCUGAAAUUAUUCCUGGAAAUCCACAGGCCGUAAAAGAGACCACCAGUGAUGAGCAGAAAACGUGUCGUCCUCUGUGAGUUGUAGCCGAAGCGACCCCUUAACCCUCAUAAACCUCCACGGCUUCAGAUGGCCUCAGCUCACUUCAGGCUCUUUUAGCACCUGCACAGAUAUUUGUGACUCUGCUCUUAUGUUUAUGAAAAAGGACCCGGAUGACAUUUCUUCCGUUUCUCCCCUCAGAUCACCAUCCAGAGAGACAGCGGUCUGGACGUCAGCGGCCCCAAACAUGGCAAGAUUGAUGCCAACAAUGCCCCUCAUGUCGGGGGAAACCAGUGGGCAGGAGGCACAGGUAACUAGAGUUGAUUUCAGGAUCUGAAUCAGGAACUUUUUUGUCCGUUUUUACACCAAAAACACUCAGAAAAAAUUUUGAUAUUUUACACUUAUUUAAGUAUGAAAGGUGGCAUAUAACUCCCCUCACUUAAAACAGCAUGGUUCCCUCUGAGGAGGGUAAUAAAUCUUCUUCUGCCCAAGUCCUAAAGGGCUUACAGGAGAAGUUUUUCUCAUUCCAGGCAUCUGAAAGAAUGAGAAUACCGUUAAAAAUAUUAUUUUUUCUUUGUAAUUUUAUUCCAAAGACAAGUUUUUAUACCUAAAACAAAGUAGAAAUCAGAAAUCCUGUAUCUCAAAUAGUCAAAGUAACACAGUUGAAAGUAAAGAGGAUGCUGCAGUGGAAGUGGUGUGUGUGUGUGUGUGUGUGUGUGUGUGUGUUUGUUGUGUUUAUGAGUUGAUCUGUCUCUCUGUAACUCUCCCACAGACUCUAGUAUUUAUGGACUGGAAUCAUCUUUCCGCUGUUUUUACGCACUUUUUGAAGUUCAAUAAUCUGACUGAACGUUUGUCUGCAGGCGGCAGAGACACAGCAGGACUGGGAGGCAAAGGAGGUCCUUACCGGCUGGAUGCAGGACACAAAGUCUACCAGAUCUCUCAGGCUGAGAAGGAUGCAGUCCCCGAGGAGGUCCGCAAAGCUGCAAGAGAGAUGGGCGAGAAGGCGUUCAAAGAGAGGUAGGUCGUUUUAAACCAAGAAAAUACUCUGAUUACAUGCAGCCGUGAUCCUACAGGCGGGAAACUGUGAGGCGCUUUUACACAUGCUGUGGACUUAAACUACCCAGGACAGAAGUGUGUGAUGUGUGUAAUGAGGAACAUGUGUGUGUGUGUGUUUUCAUUUGGGACAUCUGCAGUCAGCCAUCCCAGGUAUGUUGCUCCAUCCUGGGCAAACAUCCACAGCCUGCAGAGCCUCAGCUGGAUGCAUGAAUGCAGCGGUAGAUCCCACCAGGCCGUAUAUAUGUGUGUGCGCGUGUGUGUGUGUGUUAAUGUCUAAGGACUCGCACACACUGGCUUCAGAGCUCAGGGUUUAGAGGGCACCCCUUUCAGCAGCUCCACCAUGAAGGGUGUCUCUGUUCACUUUGCUUCAAACAGCCUCUGAACUGUCCUCCCCUCCUCCCCCUCAUGGUCCUCCUCACACACUGGCUGCUUUCACACCAAGAGGACAACCUCUCCCCCUCUCCUCUCCUCUCCUCUCCUCGCUCCUCUGUCUCUUCUUAUUUGUAGUCUCUUCACUCCUUUUCUUCAUCUCCUCCCUCCUCCUCCUCCUCCUGUCUAUCAGUGUCCCACUAGGCUCAGUGAAACUCUUGUCGCUACACGUUGACGCCCGCUAUCCUCUUCCGCGCCGCUGUAUCUGACUGUAUUUACACAGCAGGUGAUCUCAUAAACCACAGACAUACCUGCAGAACAGAACAGAUUGAUUUGUUUUCGUAUCACAGUCAGCUCUGUCAGCCUUUACUGUGAGCAUAAUCCUCUGUUUAUUUAGCCAGAGGAUCAGCAUCAAUCAAACCGCAAUCCCUCCAUAAACCACCUGAAGUACCUAACACACACACACACACACACUUACGAAACACACAAGAAAAAACAGGCUCAGGUAUGCCAAAAAAAGAAACACCCACGUGAGCUAAAGCACAUUCUGACUAACUUCUCUGGAAAUGUCUCCUUCUCUGUUCCCACCCUAUUUUUUUAAAAGGGAUGAUAUGAUAGUAAACAAUUUAUUAAAGUGAAAUCUAAAUUACGUCAACUCAUUUGAACAUGUUUUUGUGAAGCUUUGAAACCCAAAACUUCCACCAGAGUUUCUGCGCCAUCCGGCUAAAUGUCAGCAUCUGACAGGCUGCAGCUUUAAUAAAACAAACACAGAUUUAAUCCCCCCUUUCCAUUUAUUCAUCCCUGUUCUAGAGGGAGGUUUGCAUUAGCCAUAUUGUAAGCAUAAAAAAUAUCAAAAUUGUUUAAAUCAGCGUUAAAGUGUCUGACUGUAAGCUUACUCCCAGUCCAGAGCUUAGUGAUUAGAUGUGAUUUUCUCCGGUCUCGUUGUCUUUUUAAGUGGAAAUAUUUAGAAUAUUAAAGAUCUUGAUAAAAGAAUGUAAAAGUAAACUCAAUUUGAAACAUAUACAGCAUUUUCCAAACCCAAAUACCAUGUUUUUACUGUCUUCUUUGCGAAUAAUUAUACUACUUUUUUAAUGAGCAUGGUCUAGACCUGCUCUUUUUUGUUUGGAAAGUGUCUUGAGAUAACGACUGUUGUUAUUCGGGGUUAUAUAAAUAAAAUUUGAUUGAUUGAUUUGACUCUUGGCUACUUUUCAAGAAACAAAUUUUUUUGGCCAGUUUUUCUCCAACAAUCCACCACCGUCAAAAGACAAUGUAAAUUAGUCUUAUAUUUGCAUAAAAAAAUGCAUUUAGGGUGCUGGAAGUAUACACCAUACUCCCUUUUAGAGUCUCCGAUAUGUUUCAAAUCGUUACCAGAAAUCUGCAAGUCAGGAGUCGAGAUCACUUUUUUUGUACAGCCAGCAGCAACACGGUAACAGAAAACACCACAUUCAAUGCAAAACUAUGAAAACAUCUGUUCUUCAUUUUAGACGUCAACAGCAACAGUCACAGAUGAAUUUUUAACUCUAUUUGAUCUACAUCUAGACAUGACUGGGUAUAAAAACGACAUUCAACGAGACUAAUAGUGUGAGGUAAGUGUUCAACAGUUAAAGAAUAAUGUUCCUGAGUGAAGGCACCAUUAAUGCUGAACAAUACAUACAGGUUUUGGAGUAACAUUAUAUGCUGCCAUCUAGACAAUGACUUUUUUUAAGGGAAGACAAAGAGUUCCUGUUUCCAUGAGGUGUAAAUAAGCUUAUUAUUGCUGGAUCUGAUAAAUGAAAUACAAAUUAGUAAACAGAAAACACUGGAAGAGUUGUUCAGCUGUCAAUCCAGAAGCUUCAUAAAAGUAUCUGUGCACCCAAAAGCAAUAAAACAACAACCACAACAGGCGGUACGAUUGACAUCCAGAGGGUGUAAUUGACAGAUGAUUGAAAUAAGUAAAAGUUAGGAGUAUUCUGGUUUCACAAUCCUGUUUCUCCAAUUAAAUGCAUCAUAACUUCUAAAAUAAACCAAAGAAAGGUUUUCUGUUUGGUCUCUGUCGCUGAAAUGUCCUUUUUUUCCUGCCACUCUGAGCCAAAUCCAACUCUUUCACUCUGUUACACUUAAAGUUCAGGAAUUUGAAGGAAAUGGCCGAACCACUGGCAGGAGUGUCUGUUCACCACAUGCAUAAACACACACACAUACAUACACAGACCAACACACACAUGUAUGUAUGCACACCUUGGAAUGUGCGCAGGAAGUCACCGUCAUUUCGAGGGCUGACAUGAUGUGGUGUGGACGCAGAAAAACAGACAGGACUGAAAUAACUCACUGUAAUGUGAAGGCUGAGUGACUGUAAUUUUAAUCAAACGGGCUGCAAAAACAACAUGUUUAAUUUUCUUCAAAGGAAGUUCAACAUGUUAUUUUCAGCUACUGUACCAGCUUUAUUGUGGACACACUUGUGUACCUCUCAUCCCUGCUUCUUUAGCCUGUGUGUAGUGUACUUUUUAGCAUGCACUUUGUAUUUUUAUGCCAGUUUGUUUCCCUGUAUUUGAGAUUUUUUAACUUCUUCAUCCUUUGCCUAUUUUUAAAGGGAUAUUCGCAGCUCAAGGAAGAACAUUUAUGAUCAUUUCUUUAUAGAAUUGCAAUCAGACAGAGACGCUAAGGCAGAAGAACUACCGCGUCUACUGUGCAAAAUGAUUAAUAUGGUGAUUAUUACUUCAAGGAAAUGAUAAAGAAAUGAUCAAGUAAUGAUAAAGUAAUUGUGUCUUUAACUGGCCAGAAUAUCCCUUUAAGGUUAAGAAUUAGGAACCCAAACUUAACAGAGUAUAUCUCUGCAACAGUGGGGUGAAUAUAAACCAAAGCAAAUCUGGAGCGAUACAUAUCUGGAUAGUGACACACCUUAAAGGAAUAUUACAGUUUUUUGUUUUUUUUUAAGCAAGGUUUUAUGAGUUGUGUGUCAUUAGUAAGUAAUUUAGCUACAAUGGAUGUCUGUAAGCUCGACCCCUUUACUCAGAAACUCCUGAGAGAACCUACAGGCAAGCUAGGCUACAGAUUUCUGCACAUACGGUUGACUCUGCCGUGUUAUUAAGCCAACUGCUGAACCAAACCCCUUUCAGAUAUAGAGUCAUUUUUGUACAUUUCUUCUGAUCAUGCUGAAUUUACUUGGAAUCAGGCUGAUGACAAAGAUGCAAUCUUAUUCCCCUUUCUCAUUCUUUUAUCCCCUGAUGCAAUCUAAUUUUUCUACCUAAAAAGUUUAUAUUUCUCUGGUGCACAAACUUUCUCUCACUAUAAUAAAAUUGAUCUGAUAUGCAAUACAUAAUUCACCACGCAAAAUAGAAGUUCAGUAUAUGUGUGUGUGAUUAGGGACAAAAUAAAGUUAACCAGAUAUAAUGCAUUAAAAUUUCAGAUUUGUGUCAGUUAUGAUGCUGCACGUGAGAAGAUGUCACCUGGCUGAGUGGAUGCAGGUGUGUUUAGGUGCAUAUUUGUUUUUUUCUCUAUUUGAUUGCAUGGUUGAUGCAAGCGCAGUCUACACAGUGCACCCAUCUGGCUCUGCAUGCACACACACACACCUGCACACACUGGUUUGUGGCGAGCUGUGACACAUAAAGUCAGAACUUCAUAUCUCUGUGGUGUUACGGUCUGACUGUCACCAAAAGAGUCAAACACCUGGCAGAGAUUACCCUCAUCACACACACACACACACACACACACACAUCAGUGUAAGUCUGCGGGCAGAUGGUGCAGACCCUCACCACACUAAAGGAGGCUGGUGUCUGUGGGUGUCAUUGUAACCAAAUUACCUGCAUGGUGGGAUUAGAGGGAUAAACUUGGCCUGUAGGUCACACCUGUCCCUUCAUGUCCACAGGUGUGCUCUAGAGAGAUCACACACAUGCACACUCACAGGCACACAUAUUUGAUAACAUUGACCCCCUUUCAAACAGAUGAUGAAAUUCAAGUUUUUUAGUGUACGUGGUGGUGUGUGAGGAUGAGGACAUCCUGAAAAAGUUCUGAGGUGGACAAGAUUGAAGCAUACUUAUCAUGUCAUCCUUUAACCAUCUGUGUUUUUUCUCCUCUUUUCUAUUCUUCUCAGGCUAAAGGAGAUCGAUAUGAGCGAGUAUGACGCCUCUACAUACGAACGGUUCUCCAGCGCCGUCAGAAGACAAGUUCAGUCUCUGAGGAUCAUCCUGGACAGUUUACAGGUCAGGUUCACUCAAACACACUCAACCCUUUAUUUUACUUUAAUAUAUUUGACAGGGACCAUUUCAUCUACAUCAUACAUCCUGAGUGUGAGUCUAAGAUGAUUCCUAAUUCCUUGACAUUGUUAAUACUGUCAAUGAACUCAUUUAUUUUGACCAUAAAUGUCCUUUUUCUCUUCUUUUUCAAAUGAGAAAACAAAAGCCAUGGUGAUACAGAGUGCAAUCUUUGCUUUUCUCACAGUAGUAAAGAUAACUGUAUCAUCUGCAUACAUACAGUACAGCUAAGUGCAGGACAACUCUCAGGCAGGUUGUUAAUUUUCAGAGUAAAUAUCAGGGGGCUUAGUACCGACCCCUGGGGAAUUCCCAUGCUGUUAGUAUUGAGGCUGGACUUUACCUCAUUAACUCUGACACACUGAACUCUUCAACAAAGGUGUGUUUUAAACUGCUGAAAAGAGAGAACUGGAGUUUAGAUAAGAUAAGUUAUACCUUUAUUAGUGCCAUGGGGGGAAAUUCCAAAAUUACAGCAGCAUAAAUACAGAUACAAAAAGAGAAAGUAAAGGAUAAAGAACCGUAGAGUUACUUAAGAUGGUUAUCCAAACCAAAACACAACCCCCUUAAAACUUCUUGUAUUUUUCAUUUCAGUAGCAUUAGAUAGCAAAUUGUCAAGGUUGGCAUGUACCUACACCCUAUCACUGUCGAAUUGGGUUACCGUACUUGAAUCAUGUAGCCAGACAUCAGCUUUAAAGAGAAAGUAGUUGAAAUAAAGUGUUUCAGACAGAGGCUGAGAUGGGGGAUUUUCAAGCCAACAAUCUGAGAUGACUCAAGAGUUUUUACAGCGGGAAGUCAUGACCAAACUCUGGCCGAGGUUCACAAGAAGUUUCCUGUACACUCAGACAGUCCAGCUGACCCCAGCCAGUCAGGAGAACAGAAUCGGAGGAGAUGUGAAAUAGAUGACAAUAAGCUGACCCAACACAACCCCACUAUGACACAGUGUUGAGACAGGAAGGAGGGGGCGCUGUCCCGAAGGAGCUUCCUGAUUGGCCGAGUGAAAAUCAAGAGUUCAGGUUGCGGCGGCUGAAAAUGAGGAUGUUUCAUGUUAUCUGUUACAGUGUUUGAGUUUCAACUUUCCGCCUUUUGUUUGAGCUUCUGAGGGGAAAUCUGUGGAUGCAUUCAGGCCGGACGCUCUGUGUGACGUGUGUGUGUGUGUAUGUGUAUGUGUGUGUUUGUUGUGUGUAAUGAGAGGAAAAUCAGGCAGCAUGUGAGAAUGAUUACAGAGCAGAGACGCCGGGCCGUGCUCUCCUGUCCAGGUGUGAAGCUCUGUUUGGAAAUGCUGUGGUGGGUGGGUGUUUGUGUGUUUUCAUCCAGGUGUUUGCAGACGUACCUGAGCGUUGGUUAUUGUUUGUAUGCGUCCUUGUCGCCCGGGGCUUUUUACAGAUGAUGGAGAUUAUACCAAUUUCCAGCCGGCGUGCCACUGUGAAGUCAUGUUAUUUCUAUCAUACCUGAGGAGUGAUUUAAGGAAUCACACACACCCACACACACUCCUGACAGUCGCUGGAAAGCUUUCAAUAAAGUGAUACUGUAUUGUUUUCCACCCGCCAGAGUGUCCCUGAGGAAAACCCCUCUAUUCAUCUCUCAACAAUAGACCGACAUGCCAGAUUUUAACACCUGGGCCUGUUUUAUCAAGAGGCUCAGAGUUUAAAAAAUCAGCCCCAACUCGCCAAAAUAUUCUCGAGGUCACAUGUUUUAUUUUUAUUCAGGGCUUUACGAAAUACAAAUAUUUCUUUAAACCUUAUUAACCCAAAAAAUUACUCACAUCCUUGACAGAGCAAUUCUUAGGAAAUUUGUCGAGCACAAACAUCAUACAAGUGAUGAUUCAAUGAAAACAAAAUGCUUCUCCGCACAGAUGCAAGAGGCAAGAGCAAGACUAUUACUGCAUUCGAGUUACCUCAGAAGUCAGAAGUCCGAGCUGAAAAUGAUGUCACACCCGAGUUCCCAGCAUUUCAGUGAGCAAGUCAGGAAAAAGCAAAAUUGAAGGUGGAAACAAGAUGGCUACAUCUACGAAAGUUAUUUUUAGCCUUGUCCGAAUGUUAGCCAAGCGCUAAAAUAACUUUAGUAGAUGUAGCCAUCUUGUUUCAGGCCUCAGAUUUUCCUUUUUUUUGACUUGGUAACUGAAACACUGGGAACCUGGGUGUGACGUCAUUUUCAUCUCGGACUUCUGACUUCCGAGGUAACGCGAACGCAGCAUAAGACCACUGCACACUGUACUUUUACUGCACACCUCCUUACAUAAAAGCGCAACUCAAACAAUCUGGAUCUUUUUUUCUUUCUUUUGCACUCCCUUCGUUCCUUUAAAUGUUAUAGCAAUGGAAAAAUUUAUCCAGUGUAGCUUUGGUUGCACAAACACUUGUUUCUGUCUUUGGUACAAUCUGUGCUCUACAUCUAAAGCUCUGUGAACACCAGAGUGCACUUGUACCCGCAUAUUAAUCAACAAACAAGUGACAAGUAUUGUUACUGAUGUCAGCGCUUACCAAAGACACGCAGUCAUGAGACUGUGGUCACAAGUUAUGUGUUAUUUUAAAAAAGAAAAAAAUCUUCGUACACACUUGACACUUAAUAUCAACACUGUAGAUCUUUGUAAAAGACUGGACCAGACUGGGUGUGUCUGAGCAGAUCCUGUUCCUUCUUUUGUGAGCCUCCUUUUCUUUAGAGCGGCUCUCCUUCCUCGGGGAGAUCUGAGGACAGGAGAAAGUCAUGUUGCUUUUCUCUGUCUUCUUUCAGCUGCACAGCAAAAAAAAAGGGAAAGUCAGGCGACAUCUUAAAAAACAAGGCUAGAGUUUCAAGCCUUGGAGGAAAGACAAGUCAGGACUGCAGACAGGCCAGUUUAGCAGCAGGACUCUUCUACUACAGAGCCACGCUGCUGUAACCCCUGUAGAAUGUAGUUUGUCAUUGUCCUGCUGAAAUAUGAAGGUCUUCUUGAAAAACUCAUUGUCUGGAUGGCAGCAUAUGUUGCUCCUAAACCUGUAGCUUUUGAUUGGCAUUAAUGGAGCCUUCAUAGAUGUGGAAGAUACCCAUGUCAUGGUUACUUAUGAUCCCCAUACCAUCAGGGAUGCUGGCUUUAAACUGGAAACCUGGAGCUUACACUGGGUGGUCGCUUUACUUAUUAGAGAAGAGACUGCAGCAUCCGUGAUUUUCAAGAGAAUGUCAAAUUGGGAUUCAUCAGACCUCAGGACAGUUUUCCUCUUUCCUUCAGUCCAUCUUAAAUGGGAUCAGGAUCAGAGAAGUCUUUGGUAAUUCUGAAUCAUGCAGUUUUCUUUUUGCAUGGUUCAGUUUUAAUCUGCAUUUGAUGAACUUGGUUCACAGACAAUAGUUUCUGAAGUGGUUUAGAACCCAUGCAGUGAUUUCCCCCACAGAGUCUUGUCUGUUUUUCAUGCAGUAUUGUACAUCAGGACCAUCCAGCCUUGGUUUUGGUCCUUGUCCUUUUUGUAGGAACAUUAUUAUAGAAUUGUCUCUCACAGGGCAGUGAACCUCUUCCCAUCUUUUCCUCUUAGAGUUUCAGCCUCUCUGAAUGUCCGUUUUUAAAUCCAGUCAUAAUACUCACCUGUUUGCAAACCAUGAAAUUUUGUUUUUAAUCUACAUUUUGCACACCUUUUUUGAAAUAAGGCUUGUAUUUCUGUAUUUAUUUGUUCUUUUCUUGUUUUGUAUAUAACCAUUUGUUAAAGACCAAUAUAAACAUUUAUUAACUCUACAUUCUUGGCGUCUUUAAGACUGAAUUCUGCUAUGUGCAGAGUUUGUCUCAUUUCACAAUCCGUCGUCUGAGAGCCACACCAAAUUUACAUCAGUCCUCCCCAGACAGAUUUUGAAAUGAGUUGCAUGAUUUGGUUCUUAAUUAAAUUGCACAACUUGAUGUGUCUUUGUUUGUGUUUUUCAGGCCAAAGGUAAGGAGCGUCAGUGGCUGAAGAACCAGGCUCUUGGAGAGCUGGAUGAUGCUAAAAUCAUCGACGGUCUGACCGGAGAGAAGGCUAUAUAUAAACGCAGAGGAGAGCUGGACCCUGAGGUGUGUUUCUGUGUGUUUAACUUCGUUUUUACUCCUCCCUGAGCCCCACCUUUAAACACACACACACUCCCAGACUCACACACAUAAUUUUGACCUCUAUCUGUUAGACGAUACAUUCCAGCGGUGUGUGUGAGAUUAUUUUUACACCCUGUGUUUCUGCUCACACACGGUUUUCAGAUGUUUUCCCUCCUGUCAUGUAUCCGUGUGCGGGUCUACACACACUGAGACACAGCAGAGAGAUAGUUCCCACACUUUUCACGCAAACACACACUCACCAUAAUGUGCAUGCCGUGUUUUUCUACCUCCUUUAGCACCCAGUGUUGCAUAUUUUUGGUCUGGCUGAAGGUUCACGUUGAUUGCAGCCAGUUUUUUAAAGUCUUGGCCUUGUGUUGACUGUUAUUUUGAGAGAGUUGAUUUAAAUUCCGUAAAAACACUUCCCAAAGUAGGUGUCGUCUGAGAAUGCACGCUUUUAAACGUUGCGUCUGGUUGUGUAACUGUGUGUGUUUUUCAGCUGGGCAGCCCUCAGCAGAAACCGAAGCGUCUGCGGGUGUUAGCCGACGUCUCGGGCAGCAUGUACCGCUUUAACGGCGUGGACGGGCGGCUGGAGCGCUCCAUGGAGGCCGUGUGCAUGGUCAUGGAGGCUCUGGAGAACUACGAGCACAAGUUCAAGGUGAGAAGGUCUCAAGAGCCGCAACUGAGCUGUUUGUGCUCACUACUUCUCUGAUGACUCGGUUGUAAACAGAGGCUUUAUUUGAGUCUCAGCUAUGACUUAGCUUGGAGCUUUUCAUGAAGCUCAGAGCCACAAACAUUGGGUUUGUUCAUGGGUUAUAAUGCUGUGUAAAAAGUAACACCCCCAAGCUAUGCAAACAUACUCAAUGAGUGUCUCACUCUGACAAAAUAAAAGAGUAUAGGUGGAAUCAGUUUCCUUAAAACUGAAACAAGACAGUAAGAAUCAAGGGUGGGAGAAAAAAUUGAUUCACGUAAGUACUGUAAUUUUUUUUUUUUUUUACAAUUUUUAAAUCAAUUUUUAAGUUAAAAAAAUCAAUUUUAUUUUUUUUCUAAUUUUUUUUCUAAUAUAUGUUGAAUUUAUUUAAUCUAUUUUUCUUUUUUUUCAAAAUUCAUGUGACGUAUAUUUUUGGGGGAAAUAUGGUUCCUGGAAUAGUCAGUAGAUGAUCAUGAUCAUUCAACUGUUUCACUGGUGUUAAAAAUGCAGACUAAAAAUUGAAAAAAAUCGACAAUAUCCUAGAAUCACAAUUUAAAUCGAACCGGCAUCCAAAAGAUUGUAGAAGAAUCAAAUUGGGAGAAAAGCAUAUCGUCCCAGCCCUAGUAAGAAAAUCCUGCAGCCUCCUGCCAAAGAUCUGUUCUAAUAGAAGUCAUAUGUUUCUCAAGUUUCACAACCAGCCAGAAGCUCCUCACCGAGGCUUUAAGGUCACAUCAGAUUUGGGAACCACUUAUCAGAUUUACCACCCAGAGUACUGAGGAUCAGUAUCAGUAACCAAAAUAAUGACCAAGAAAAACCAUCCGUGCUUUUCUUUCACAGAUUUGAUCCUGUUCACACAACUUUGUAAGUUGACCACAAUCUUAAAAUUUCUCAGGUCAACAAACUCGGCCCACCGUGGUUAUUACUCUGAACCUCCACCUGUGGGGUCUGGAGAAUAUAAACACAAAAAGGUCACAGCAAUAACUACAGCAGUGAUGUCGAGAGGAAAAGCUUUUCUGGAGGUAGAUAACUAAACUUGUGGACUCUCUGUCCACAGCUGUAGGUGCAAAAACGAGAACAUUAUUAUUAGUCGGUUGUAUUUAAAGAUCUAAGAGUCAGUUUUGGACUGGAGAGCAGGAUGAUGCAAGAGAUGGAGGACAUGAGACAGAGAGACGCAGAGAGGGAGUGAGAGUGGACGGAGACAGACUUCUUGGCCCCUCACACAAGCCAACCCGAUACCGAUCACAUAUCAGUGUCUCACACAUAAACAUAUACAGUCACACACAAACACGCAAAAGUAUACAGAUGCUGCCGAACAUGUCGUGUUCGUCAUGUCAGUGUUUGCAUAACUGCUGUUACAUAAAAGUGAAUCUGAUAACGCAGAGGACAUGUGUGCCUAAACCUGCAGGAUCACACUGAGUGUGUCAUGCAUGAAUGGUCAAAGGUCAAACAUGAAUCUGUUUAGGAAUUUCUCUUCAUGUAAAAAAAAGAGUAAUGAAAUUUAAAAGCUAAUUUAGUUUCCUGCCCUAAUUAUCUAUUCAACCCAUAUAUUUUUAUUCAAGCCAAAAACAGAUCUGAAACCUGAAUAAAGUAAGUAGAUUGUAUUUUUAACAUGUCUUCUAAGGAGUUUUUAUUAUCUUUGAAACUAAAUUUGAGACUCUCCAUGUUCAUGAGGGCUGAAUAACCAAAAUAGGUUCCAAUCAGAGACAUGAACCCGGUAUGAAAACAUCUGUUUCACCCAGCAACAGCGGUAAGUACAGCUGAGACUCCGAGUCGCAUACCUCUGACCGCCACAGCCACAGCUGCCCUCAUCAGAAAUAGCUUAUAAACAUAAUACCUGAGUCCUGAAAUAAACCCAGCAGAGCCCCCUUACAGAGCCGGGCCUGAUCUUAUGUAAGCCAGCUGUGAUGGACAGUCUAUAGGAGGAGUGCUGACGUGACGGGUUCACAUGUUAGAGCUGGUGCAGGUAUAUGUUACAAUAUGACAUUACUGCAUCGUCACAACCUCGGUCUUCAUGGUUCAGGGGUUGAAAACGUAUAAUUACAGUGAUUUAGUUUGAUAAAGUGUCAUAUUGUUUAUCUGUUUUCUCUGUGCAGUACGACAUAAUGGGACACUCUGGUGACGGCUACGACAUCGAGCUGGUCCGAGCGGAUAAAGUCCCCAAAAACAACAAAGAGAGACUCAAAGUCCUAAAGGUACAAACUCAUCAUCAGUCUGUCAUCAGUCAUAUUAUCUAAAGACCCACUCUGAUGAAAAUCGUUUUUCUUGUUGUCUACAUGUUCAUAUGGCAUUUUUCUGAUACUAGAGGAAAUAUCAUGAGAAAACUAAGUGCGAAAUUGCAUUUCUGAGUAUUUCUGCAUUCAAAUUACUGUGAACCUCUGGCAGACCCAAACAGCAGGUUCAGAAACAGUGAGAAGUAGGCCAGGCUCGGAGAAAUAGAGAGGACGAUCGCGGAACAAGCGUCUGCGUUAGUGGAUUGAAAUGCUCGUAAGAAAGCUAAUAAUGAAAUUAGCUUUUAUCAUACCCCUAAAAACGAUAGUGUCUGAGAGCUGAAUAGCUCCUAUGUUACCUGUUUCGUCUACUACAAUGGCAAUGUGCUGCAAGCUAACUCGAGGAGAAGUGUACAGAGCAGCGCUGUCUCCGCCCACGACUCAGAGGCAAAUUUGUUAUGAGCUACUUGAGUUCUGCGGCAGAAAAGCCCUUGAAAAUGACACAGGUAACAUGAUUUUGGCUAAAAACUUUAUAAUCACAAUUUAAAGACCACUGAGAACAAAUUGAGUAGUUAAAAAAAAACAAUCGGAGUGGGACUCAAACUGUACACUGAUUAGACCAUGCCCACCUGCAGAUAUACCUGUAAAAUUAUAGAGAACUCACUAUUUUUGUACACAGUGAGGUCAAGGGUGUCUUAGUUUCUUUGACAUUUUGCCUCUUGGUCUUCUUUCCCCCUCCUCCGCCCUGCAGACCAUGCACGCACACGCUCAGUUCUGCAUGAGUGGCGACUACACCUUAGAGGGCACCGACGUCAGCAUCAAGGAGCUGGCACGAGAAGAAGCCGACGAGCACUUUGUGGUGGUGCUCAGCGACGCCAACCUGGAACGGUACGGCAUCCGACCGGAGCGCUUCGCCCAAGUCCUGACCUCUGACCCUCAGGUCAACGCCUUCGCCAUCUUCAUCGGAUCUCUUGGCGAUCAGGCUGAAAGGUGAGGAGGUGAAGCAAAUAAGACGGGAACAAAGACUUUAAAGCGACUGCUUUCAGAACAUCAACAGCACAUAGAACUAAAGGAAACAUCCAACCAAAUUUAAGACGUACAAAAUUUUAAAUUAGACUUUUGUUGUUUCUCUAAAAUCAUUGAGGAGCUUUAAGGUCGACUUCUUGGCUAACAUGUUACUGAAUGUUGUUUAUGAACAAACUUUCCAAACCAGCAGAGUCUAACAGUCAUACAGACAAAGUGACGUAUUGACAGAAUUGUUGAUAAGAACUUUGUGUUGUUGGAUAUAAUCGUCAGUGGAGGUUUGGUGGCUCUAAAACAGACAAGCUGGUCAGACUUCACAUCAACAAGGUCCUAACAGUCUGGAUCUUUAAGUGUGAUCAUUGCAACUUCCAAGAGUCACCUGUGACCCAUGUUGUCCAGCACCCCAUCUGUUAUUCACAACAUGCAGAGGCACUGAUCAUGCAUUAUAGGUUACAGGUUACAGGUUACCUUUAUAUCAGGGUGUACACUGAAAUCCAGGGCAGGUCAUUCUGUUCAUGCAGUCAGAGACGCCGGAGCAUGAAAAUCAGACGGACUGAAGGUACAUCUGUUUUUCUCCUCUUAAAGAUGUUAAACACUAGACUUCAUCACAUUUGUAACUGAGCAGUGUUGAAAAAAUCAUGGCGAUAAAUAGGGAUUGAAUACGAUUUUUAAUAUUAGAUAUUGGUGCAAUACCAGCAAAAAAACUAAUAUCGGAUUAUAACGGCCCUCAUCUAAAAUCUCAGAUAUUAGCACUCUGAUACAAGCAGUCCAUUCCAGAAACACUAGACUCCAUCACAUUUGUUACUGAGCAGUGUUGAAAAAAAUCAUGGCGAUUAAAAGGGAUGUCCCGUUACGAUUUUUAAUAUCAGAUAUCGGUCCAAUAUCAGCAAAACAAUGAAUAUCGGAUUAUACCAUCCUGCAUCUAAAAUCUCCGAUAUCAGCGCUCCGAUACAAGCAGUCCAUUCCAGAAUCCGCUCCAGUUUCCCUAUCUAGCAGCUCCCAGAUCCAGCAUGCAGAGCCCACAAAAUCACAACAACAGUGUGUACUAAGGUACAAACAAAACUACCAAGGAGUAACAAUGAUGUCGGUCAUGUGGCAGUGUUUUUUUAAUCCGUAAAAGACGUUGCAACUGAGUGCAAAACUUAUAUGUAAACUAAUAUUGGAUCAAUAUCGGUAUCGGCCAGUACUGCAGGCUACAACAUCAUAUUGGAAGUAAACCCUUACAUUCUGAACACUUAUCUUUUUUAAAGAUACUCAAAUUCACCUUAAACGGCAGGUUCAAAUGUCAGAUGAUAAUGAAUUCAAGGUUAAAUGUGAGCACACAAGCAAUGAAAAUGAAGUUAUCUGAGGUCGUGCACAGUUGUAAUGUAAUGUUUGGACUCUUUGUAAAGACGGUUCACGCUCUUGGAGACGCACUGCCAACUGUUAAAGAGGAAUGUCUGAGCUAAUUUAGGAAUGAAGGGACAAAGAAAGAGAGUGUCAUCAGAGGAAGUGAAGAGCGGCUGUGUUAUCCUCCACCAGCUGAAUGACAGCCCUUUCAUUCGCUCACCAGGGGAAACCUCUCGCAUUCAUUCACACUCCAAACAGGCGCUCGUCUGUCUUUUUUUUUAAAUUUUGGGCAGUGUUUCUGUUGCUGAAGUUUAAUCCGCUCUCUUUAACCCCAAACUUUUAUCUGCUUUUCUUCUUUUGUUUCAGACUCCAGAAGACGCUUCCAGCUGGCAGAUCUUUCGUGGCCAUGGACACCAAACAGAUCCCCCAAAUCCUGCAGCAGAUCUUCACCUCUACCAUGCUGUCCAGUGCCUAGUACACACAGACACACACACAUAACACUAAAACACACUCUCAAAAACCUGGAGAUGUGUUCUACUGGUGCUGGGACUUGCCUCUAACCCACUUUCUGUGUCAGAUUGUGUCAUUUAAUUUGGAGUGAACUCACCCCUGAAGAAGAGAGGGUUAUAUUUAUGAUUUUACUGCCGGUGUAACGUGACGGUGCCGUGUUAGCGUGACAGAGGUAAAUGAUGAUUAGCUGCUCUGUCGUGUCCCUCGGGGUGUAGUUACAGCACAGUGUGGCCUCAGAGAAGUCUGUGAUCUUGUACAGCGUGACUGUUCUCCGCUGUGAAAUGACACACCGCUCAUCUCUCACUAAGAACUGGAGCCCGUCUCAGACCCCGUGUGGGGAUCAAACACACACCCUGACCUGUUGUUGUUUGCCGUUUCUGGCCGCUGACGCACACUCGCAGACGUCUUCGUCCUGUUUUGGGCUGUAAGGAACUCGUCUCAGAUGGGAGGGUCAUGAACUUGGACCAGCCUCACUUAUUUGGACUUCCGCCUCAUUAAUCGUGUGUCAAAGAUGGAAAAAAAACGCUAACACACACUCUCUCACACACACAUGCAAAAGGAAGGGCGACACCAACGCGCCACCUGAGCGACACUUGGACGUGGCGAGGAGCUCCUGAGGAAUGCUGGGACUGUGCCCGGGAAUUUCCCACCUGACUGCACUCGCUCUUUAAAGGCAGCCGCCGUUGCGCAACCCCCCGCAGCUCAAGUUUGUGUGUGUGUGUGUAAAUGUGAGUGUGUGACUGUGUGUGUCCUCUUUCAGCAUCUAUGUCAACAUGCACAAGCCCUUUCCUUCCUGGCUGCUGCAGGACCUUCUGACGCCCCGUCUUCAUCUCAGUCCCGUCAGGAAUCUGGGAUCUCCUUUCAUUGCUGGACCUCCCAUUUCUCUUUCUCAAUUACACACACACACACACACACACACACACACAACUUUCUGUGUCAACGUGUGCUUAGUUUUGCCUAGUAGGAGACUUGAUCUGAAAAACUAAUAAAUAGUAGAGGGCAGAUUUUUUGAACCAUCAGUCAUUUCGACCCUAAAAUAUCCAAUUAACUCUAACUUCAUCGAAGCAGACAGGUCUUUGCGAGCACGCCAUCAUGAUCUCCGCUCGAUGACCUCCUGCUGUGCUUUCAGAUUAAACUCUCUCUUUCUGUGCCAGCUGACAGCCACGUGCACUCGAUAUCAUGUCCCCGUUUUGCCUCUGGUUGUCACACUUCCUACACACGCCUCACUCUGAUUGGCUGACAGGAUCAAUAGAUCAAGCCGGUGAAACAAUCAGCCUCUAUUGAUCCUCUGACAGAGGGAUGUCCCUGAUUUUACUAACCCAUAUCUGCCUGUUUAUCUCUAUCUUUGCUGAAGUUUAAAUGACUCGUACGGUACGUUCGCCUGUUGAUAUUUCACAUUUGAAUGUGUGUAGUAGGAUGUUAAAUCAAAAACAUGAGUCUCUUCCGUCUUAUUUAAUUGAAAAUUGUUUUAAAUAACUUAAAAAUGUAAAAGAAAUGGACACAUUUUAAUAAAACGAUGUUAACAAUCCACAAA